CCUACCGCCACCGCCAUCACCAUCACUCCCUUCAUUGCCAAGACGAGGCCCUGUGAAGUCACGCUCAAUAUUUCACAUGUCGAAAUUACAGUAAUGGGUCAUGUGUUUGUGGAGAGAGAGGUAGAUUUUGCGGUUGAAGUAAAUAAUUCAGUCAUGCAGUGAGAUUAGUCAUGUUCUCUGUGUAAGGACCUAGUGGCGCUUUUGGCAGUUUCAAGAUGGAAAUCGUUUCUCUGAAGAGGAGGAAGAAACAUGUCUUUGUAAUCAGUCCCAUGGGUAUAAUAGACUACACAGAGUGACUGAUGCUUCUACGGUGCUACAAAUUGUUUUUUUUGCCAUUAAAAUACUGCAAAUCAGUCUCUAUCACUAGAGUGUGUUUUUUCAUAUACAGUGGCUUGCGAAAGUAUUCACCCCCCUUGGCAUUUUUCCUAUUUUUUUGCCUUACAACCUUGAAUUAAAAUGGAUUUUUUGGGGGUUUUGUAUCAAUUGAUUUACACAAUUUUUUUUUGUGUGAAAGUGAAUACUUUGUAGAGCCACCUUUUGCAGCAAUUACAGCUGCAAGUCUCUUGAGGUAUGUCUCUAUAAGCUUGGCACAUCUAGCCACUGGGUUUUUUGUCCAUUCUUCCACUGCUCCAGCUCCUUCAAGUUCAAUGGGUUCUGCUGGUGUACAGCAAUCUUUAAGUCAUACCACAGAUACUCAAUUGGAUUGAGGCCUGGGCUUUGACUAGGCCAUUCCAAGACAUUUAAAUGUUUCCACUUACACCACUCGAGUGUUGCUUUAGCAGUAUGCUUAGGGUCAUUGUCCUGCUGGAAGGUGAACCUCCGUCCCAGUCUCAAAUCUCUGAAAGACUGAAACAGGUUUCCCUCGGGAAUUUCCCUGUAUUUAGUGCCAUCUAUCAUUCCUUCAAUUCUGACCAGUUUCCCAGUCCCUGCCGAUGAAAAACAUCCCCAUAGCAUGAUACUGCCACCACCAUGCUUCACUGUGGGGAUGGUGUUCUCGGGGUGAUGAGAGGUGUUGGGUUUGCGCCAGACAUAGUGUUUUCCUUGAUGGCCAAAAAGCUAAAUUUUAGUCUCAUCUGACCAGAGUCCCUUCUUCCAUAUGUUUGGGGAGUCUCCAACAUGCCUUUUGGCGAACACCAAACGUGUUUGCUGAUUUCUUUCUUUAAGCAAUGGCUUUUUUCUGGCCACUCUUCCGUAAAGCCCAGCUCUAUAGAGUGUACGGCUUAAAGUGGUCCUCUGACAGAUACUCCAAUCUCCGCUGUGGAGCUUUGCAGCUCCUUCAGGGUUAUCUUUGGUCUCUUUGUUGCCUCUCUGAUUAAUGCCCUCCUUGCCUAGUCUGUGCGUUUUGGGGGGCAGCCCUCUCUUGGCAGGUUUGUUGUGGUGCCAUAUUCUUUCAUUUUUUUUUUAAUAAUGGAUUUAAAUGGUGCUCCGUGGGAUGUUCAAAGUUUCUGACAUUUUUUUAUAACCCAACCCUGAUCUGUACUUUUUUCACAACUGUCCCUGACCUGUUUGGAGAGCUCCUUGGUCUUCAUGGUGCCACUUGCUUGGUGGUGCCCCUUGCUUAGUGGUGUUGCAGACUCUGGGGUCAUUCAGAACAGGUGUAUAUAUACUGAGAUCAUGUGACAGAUCAUGUGACGCUUAAAUUGCGCACAGGUGACUUCUGAAGGUAAUUUGUUGCACCAGGUCUUAUUUAGGGUCUUCAUAGCAAAGGGGGUGAAUACAUAUGCACGCACCACUUUUCCGUUAUUCAUUUUUUAGAAUUUUCAGAAGCAAUAAAAAAAAUUCAUUUCACUUCCCCAAUUUGGACUAUUUGUGUAUGUCCAUUACAUGAAAUCCAAAUAAAAAUCCAUUUAAAUUACAGGUUGUAAUGCCACAAAAUAGGAAAAACGCCAAGGGCGACGAAUACUUUUGCAAGGCACUGUAAUCUGUGGUAGCAGCCCAUGUAGGCUGUGUACUAAACUUUGCACUAUUUAGUGCACUACUUUUGACCUGGGCCCACAGAGCUCUGGUCAAAAGUAGUGCACUAUGUAACGAAUAGGGUGUCAUUUGGGACGCAACGUAGUCCUCAGACAUGGUGUUCAGGUGUAGUUGUGUGAAACUUAAAUGGGUAAAUGUAACUUUAGGCCUGCUCUUUGUGAAUAUUUGACCCCACAGAUGACCACACUCGUGUCAGACUGCAACUGCUGGAUGGAGACCCCCACUCGGACUACAUCAAUGCCAGCUACAUAGACGUAAGUAUCAGGCAGCGGCGACGUGAAGGGAAUGGGCUGCUACGUUUUAUCAUAAUGUCUUUGUAUUUGACUUUUUAUAGGAGAUGAGACAGCAUUAUUUUCACUUCAGAUCAUCUUUACUAAGAUAUAAUCAAAUAUUGCACAGAGCAUUAUGGGAAUUGUAGUAGAACAUGUUACUAUGUGCCUGUAACGUUGACAUAUUAUUAUCUGCUGCAAACACAGUGCAUCUGAGCAUGUAUUUGCUGCUCUUUGGAUGAAAGCAUCCUGCAAUGACAUAACUACGAUAAUGACAGUGUCCAUAUGAUUGUCUCUAUUAUGCUGUAGAUGCUGUGAAUGCCCUGCACUUUGAGAAGCAGCAUCAGUAUAAGUCGGCAUUACAGCUGUAUCUAUAAUCAUGUCAUCAAGCCCCAUUUCAUCUAAUAAAACAAUGACUGGGUCGAUUGUGCCAGGAUCCGCUGGUAAAAUUGACUGUUAUACCUGGCUCUAGCCCUAGGAGCCUCAACUGUGUUGAUUGUUAAUUUAUCUCACAGCGGUUGCAAUAGUAAUGCAUUUGAAAAUGUUUGUUUUUUUCACACAGUUGAUAUGGUGAAAUGACAAUGUCAUAUUAAUGAUAUGAAAUUGAUAUAUUAACGUGAACAAGGCAAUUUGUCUCGAUGGAACAAUAUGACAGAAUUGCCUUUUAUUUUGGCGGAUAGGAAAAUGAAGAGGCUCGGAUUUGAUCUGAUUUGGAAAGGACCUUGCGCUGUUACACCUUAGGUUUUUAUUUUUUCUCUUCUCUUUCUCACAGGGGUAUCAUAGACCAAGACAUUACAUCGCCACACAAGGUAAUUCAAUUGGAUGGAGGGGAGGUCUGUAAAGACAGUAGACCGCUGGAAAUGUGUCCCCAGACAUGGGGGAGGCAAUUACUUGGACACCCUAAAUAAAAUAAAAACACAGUUAAAGCCAAUAACAAAUUGAAGACACCAUUUCUUUAGUUCCAUAACAAAUGGGGGCUUAUCUUAAAUUGAUCGUGGGCAUGGUUGUGCAGUGGAUAAGUUGCUCUGCUUCUGGGAUCAGAUAAAGCAUGAUGAGACGGUGAUGUCAUAAAUCUCAAGGUUCUUCAGAAAGUAUAACUGCAUUGGGAAGCCAAUGGGGGCUCUAGUCAAAGGUAGUGCACUUUAUAGGGGAUAGAAGGUGACAUUCUCGGGGAUAGGGUACCAUUUUUAAUGCAGCCAUAAUGACACAAUUCGAACACUUGGCUCCUAUGUGUACUUCCUGGUUCCUGUUAUGAUCAUCUCUGUCCAAUCCUUCUUGAUCUUAUCCUUGCUUUCUUUUCUCCUUCCAGGCCCCAUGCAGGAGACGGUGAGAGAUUUCUGGAGGAUGAUCUGGCAAGAGAAUUCUGUCAGUAUCGUCAUGGUUACGAACCUGGUGGAAGUGGGCAGGGUGAGUUCAUCAAAGCGGAUUUGAAAGGUGUUAGAGGAGUACUACUCUGGGGACACUGCCAAGUGGCUAAGAACGUGUGACGUUAUUGCAGAACCGUCAACGUUCUUAUACGGAAUGGAUUUAUGUGCUGUUUAUUUCCCCGCUGCUCGAAAAACACUUGGUGAAGAGCCAGUUGUUUAAUAGGUCAGGGUGUGUCAGUCAUAGCUGAUAUUCCCCUUCCCUACACCUCAUACCAUUACUGUUCACAACAACAAAUAGUUCACAACAAAUCAACAACAAAUAAAAAAAAAUUUUUUUUUUCAAUGUAAUUCAAUUAGGCCUCUUUGUAAAUUAUGAAUAUACUAUCAACCACAGAAAUAUAAUGAAAUGAUUGGUCCUGUAAUGUUAAAUUAAUAAUAUUAUUUCUGUCCCUUUCGGGAACACUUUUGGCUCAACAGCACCCCAGAGGCAAAAGUCCCGCACAGCCUCUUUAAGAGACAAGGAUUUGACCAUGAAUGUUUCUCUUCCCAGGUGAAGUGCGUGAGGUACUGGCCUGACGAGACUGAUGUGUACGGAGAUAUCAAGGUGACACUGAUUGAGACAGAGCCACUGGCCGAGUACGUCAUCCGCACCUUCACAGUCCAGAAGGUAAACCGACUAAGUCAAUAACCAUGUUCGCUUGUUUUGUUUUCAUUCAUUCCAACCUAACGGAUUUACAUAUGUGGUUGACUGCAAGGUUGAAGCUAAGUUGCUCAACUGGGAAAUGGGAGUAUAAUUGAACACUAGUAAUCAGUGAGGAUUUGCAUUGAAAGAAGCACAAUAUAGUUGGGAUGCAGGAUUCAGAAUUCGACACCAUUGUUCUGUUAGCUUUUUUUUCUUUGAAAGGGAAACAUCAGAGGAACAGUCAUCAAACAAGCAAGCUUUGAUAGUCUUGAAAUGCAUAUUUUGUGGCUCCGUGAAAGCCGCUUAAGCAGACAGCACAACAGCUUGUAGUCAACGAAUUUUGCCUGCAAUUAAUCCAUCAGUUUUGCAAGAAAGAAAAAGUUCAUUUUAACCUUCUCACACUCUCCAUUUGAAAGGGAAACAGGAAGUUGUCAUUACAGAGCUACACUAUCACACCACAACCUUAAUUCAUGGGCCUUAAAAAGCAGUGCACCGUGAUGGGUUCACGCUUCGUAUGCUUUCAAAUAUAGCGUAUUCAAUCGUUUUAAUUACGUCAAAUAAUGUGCUCUGAUAUUAUGAAAAGCAUUAUUAAUGACGAAUCCAAAGGGAUUAUUUUACUGCACAACGCAGAUAGAUAGAUCUUAAGGCCCGCACACACAGACUUUAAUCCGUUGAAAAUAAAAUGAGCCAGAGCCCACUGGGUUGGCAAGCUUAGACAUAGUUUACCCCCCCGAUUUACACCGUUACCACCUUCAAUAGUGCACCUGUCGACCCAAGUCUCCAUACACUCCAAACAGGCGAGGUAUUUUAACUGCAGUGUGAAGUGUUAUGUGGGCUUUGCCGGCAUAUCAACGCUGGCAGGCAGGGAUUAAACAGUUCACCAACCCAAAUGGCAAUUAACCACUUAGCAUUAGCGCAGAGAGUAUAGUUUAUUAGGAGCCCCAUUAGCUACUGCACAUGCUGCAGCUACUCUUCCUGGUGUCCACAUAAAAUGUACAAAUACAUGACAAAGUACAGAACAGUAAUAGACAAGAACAACAUGAGAUAUGACAUUCAAUUCCAAAAAUGUGUAUUAUUUUAAAUCAGAGUUAUAUAUAGGAAAGACACCACGAGAUAACAAAAAUACUAUUCACACACUAUUCAUAAAUACAGUACCAGUCAAAAGUUUGGACACACCUACUCAUUCAAGGGUUUUUCUUUAUUUCAAAAAAAUUUUACAUUGUAGAAUAAAAGUCAAGACAUCAAAACUAUGAAAUAACACAUAUGGAAUCAUGUAGUAACCAAGAAAGUGUUUAACAAAUCAAAAUGUAUUUUAUAUUUGAGAUUCUUCAAAUAGCCACCCUUUGCCUUGAUGACAGCUCUGCAUACUCUUGGAAUUCUCUCAACCAUCUUCAUGAGGUAGUCACCUGGAAUGCAUUUCAAUUAACAGGUGUGCCUUCUUAAAAGUUCAUUUGUGGAAUUUCUUUCCAUCUUAAUGCUUUUGUGCCAAUCAGUUGUGUUGUGACAGAAGAUAGCCCUAUUUGGUAAAAUACCAAGUCCAUGUUGUGCCAUGAACAGCUCAAAUAAGUAAAGAGAAACGACAGUCCAUCAUUACUUUAAGACAUGAAGGUCAGUCAAUACGGAACAUUUCAAGAACUUUGAAAGUUUCUUCAAGUGCAGUCGCAAAAACCAUCAAGCGCUAUGAUGAAACUGGCUCUCAUGAGACCCAGAGUUACCUCUGCUGCAGAGGAUAAGUUCAGAAAUUGCAGCCGAAAUAAAUGCUUCACAGAGUUCAAGUAACAUACACAUCUCAACAUCAACUGUUUAGAGGGGACUGUGUGAAUCAGGCCUUCAAGGUCGAAUUGCUGCAAAGAAACCACUACUAAAGGACACCAAUAAUAAGAAGUGACCUGCUUGGGCCAAGAAACACGAGCAAUGGACAUUAGAGCGUGGAAAUUUGUCCUUUGGUCUGGAGUCCAAAUUGGAGAUUUUUGGUUCAAACCGCUGUGUCUUUGGGAGACGCGGUGUGGGUGAACGGAUGAUCUCCGCAUGUGAAGUUCCCACCGUAAAGUAUGAUGGAGGAGGUGUUACAGUGUGGGGGUGCUUUGCUGGUGACUCUGUCUGUGAGGCACACUUAACUAACAUGGCUACCACAGCAUUCUGCAGCGAUACGCCAUCCCAUCUGGUUUGGGCUUAGUGGGACUAUCAUUUGUUUUUCAACAGGACAAUGACCCAACACACAUCCAGGUUGUGUAAGGGCUAUUUUGCCAAGAAGGAGAGUGAUGGAGUGCUGCAUCAGAUGACCUGGCCUCCACAAUCCCCCGACCUCAACCCAAUUGAGAUGCUUUGGGAUGAGUCGGACAGCAGAGUGAAUGAAAAAAAGCAGCCAACAAGUGCUCCUUCAAGACUGUUGUAAAAGCAUUCCAGGUGAAGCUGGUUGAGAGAAUGCCAAGAGUGUGCAAAGCUGUCAUCAAGGCAAAGGGUAGCUAUUUGAAGAAUCUCAAUUAUAAAAUAUAUUUUGAUUUGUUUAACACUUUUUUGGUUAGUACAUGAUUCCAUAUGUGUUAUUUCAUCGUUUUGAUGUCUUCACUAUUAUUCGACAACGCAAAAAUUUUUAAAAAUAAAGAAAAACCCUUGAAUGAGUAGGUGUGUCCAAACUUUUGACUGGUAGUGUACGUAUUCAUAUUCUUAUAUACAGUACAGUUAAAUGGGAGUUAAAAGGGAGUGGAGGUGUGAAGCCUGUGAUUAUUAAUACUACUGUAGCCCAGCGUUAUACUGUACUGUAAAUGGCCACUUUCCAGUUUCCGCACAUCCACUCCCUUUAAGUGCUAUUGCCUUGGCUGAUAUCCUUAUUGGUGGGUUCUAUUUCAAAUAUAUUGUUUCGAUAUCUCACUUUAUGGGGGUUCACUCUAGCAGAUUCUCUAAAGCCUUGGUCACAUUCGCAGUGCUAGCUGAGUGGCGCAGUGGUUUAAGGCACUGCAUCACAGUGCUAGCUGUGCCACUAGAGAUUCUGGUUCGAAUCCAGGCUCUGUCGUAGCCGACUGGGAGACCCAUGGGGCAGCGCACAAUUGGUCCAGGGUAGGGGAGGGAAUGGCCAACAGGGACGUAGCUCAUUUGGUAGAGCAGGGCGUUUGCAACGGCAGGGUUGUGGGUUCGAUUCCCACGGAGGGCACUCACUAACUGUAAGUCGCUCUGGAUAAGAGCAUCUGCUAAAUGAUGCAAGUGCCUCAAAUCCUAUUUAAUUUCAUAUCUGAUUAGAAUCUGUUUUUUUUCUGCAGUCUCAACAGCCAAAAAGCACAUGGAAUCAGAUAUUUCAACUUCAAAUCUGAUUCCUGGCCAUGUGACUUCUGUCUGAAUGGUCAAAUCUGAUAUAUUUGCCCUCAAGUGAUUUUAGACUGUUAUUCAGCAUAUCUUGUUGCUUACUAGCUACUCUGUUGACAGUUUGAAAAUAACAUGUGGUAGCUAACUAGCUUGUUAAUUGUUUACAAACAAGUUAGUGAAUGUGCUAGAAAGCUAAACAUCUAUCUAACUAGCUAGUUGACUGCUGUGGCUAGCCAAAAAUGACUUGUUUUGAAAGGACUCGUUUUGAAAGUUGGAUCAUGUUAUCCUUUGAAGCUUUAAACGUGUUCUUACCCUAUGAUUUUGAACAUUCAAAGCAACUGGGAAACAUCCAUGGCAGACAUUGUUGUCACCUUAGUUUGUACAUAACUUCUAAGUGAUAGGAAGCACAAGCGCCACCACCAAUCAGCCUACACCACUGCACACACACCAAUGGUUACUAUGACAACUAGAGUAGCCUUGUCAAAUGACAAAUUAAUCUUAACGCUACAGCAUGCAAUGACAUUCUAAACGAUUCUGUGCCUUCAACUUUGUGGCAACAGUUUGGGGAAGGCCCUUUUCGGUUUCAGCAUGACAAUGCCACCAUACACAAAGCGAGGUCCAAACAGAAAUGGUUUGUCGAGAUUGGUGUGGAAGAACUUGACUGGCCUGCAUUGAGCCCUGACCUCAACCCCAUCGAACACCUUUGGGAUGAAUUGGAACACUGACUGCGAGCCAGGCCUAAUCGCCCAACAUCAGUGCACGACCUCACUAAUGCUCUUGUGACUGAAUGGAAGCAAGUCCCCGCAGGAAUGUUCCUAUAUCUAGUGGAAAGCCUUACCAGAAGAGUGGAGGCUGUUAUAGAAGCAAAAGGGGGACCAAUUCCAUAUUAAUGCCCAUGAUUUUGGAAUGAGAUGUUGAACGAGCAGGUGUCCACAUACUUUUGGUCAUGUAGUGUAUGUGUCCAAAAAACUAAAAUAUAUCCUUAGCUUUCUUAUAUCUCCUAAAUAUAGGAAAGACACUUCAACAUCUUAUUCCUUAUGAUAAAUGUUUUGAUUGUCUGUUUUGCCAUUUAUGAAUGUGUUAUUCAAUGUGUUUCUAUGGGCUAUUGUAGUAAAGGCCAAAUUCAAUAUUUUAUCAAAUAUUAUUUGUAUAUUUCUAUAUACCUACUGUACAGCGGAGACCCAAGCUAUAGGCUUCUGUAGUGAUGUUCAAAUGACAGUAUGGCGCCAAACCUACGAGUUGAUUUAUAAUUUCUAGAAUGUUUUAAUUAUAUGCCCAGACUUUACACUGUAUUUUAUUUUACAAAGUGUAUAAUAGAUUGUUAAAUAUUAGCCACUAUUGUUAGCCACCGUCAGUUAUACCCAAAUUCAUGUGUAACUGUCACUGACUAUAGUGUUAGUUACCUUACAUUUUGCAUCAUUCCAUCUUUAUUAAAAUAUAUAUAUAUAUAUUUUAAUAAAGAUGGAAUGGAAUGAUGCAAAAUGUAUACGUAUUUAUGUGUAUGUAUAUAUAUAUAUAUAUAUAUAUAUAUAUAUAUAUGCGAGAGGAAAAAAAACAUAUGGGGGAUUGGAAGUGAUGCAGACAAUUACAUUGAUGGAAGUUACAAUCUAUCUGCAAAGUUGAUCUACCCCCUAUAUAUAUAUACAGUGGGGAGAACAAGUAUUUGAUACACUGCCGAUUUUGCAGGUUUUCCUACUUACAAAGCAUGUAGAGGUCUGUAAUUUUUAUCAUAGGUACACUUCAACUGUGAGAGAUGGAAUCUAAAACAAAAAUCCAGAAAAUCACAUUGUAUGAUUUUUAAGUAAUUAAUUUGCAUUUGUUUACAGAUUAUUUCACUUAUAAUUCACUGUAUCACAAUUCCAGUGGGUCAGAAGUUUACAUACACUAAGUUGACUGUGCCUUUAAACAACUUGGAAAGUUCCAGAAAAUUAUAUAAUGGCUUUAGAAGCUUCUGAUAGGCUAAUUGACAUCAUUUGAGUCAAUUGGAGUUGUACCUGUGGAUGUAUUUCAAGGCCUAACUUCAAACUCAGUGCCUCUUUGCUUGACAUCAUGGGAAAAUGAAAAGAAAUCAACCAAGACCUCAGAAAAAUAAUUGUAGACCUCCACAAGUCUGGUUCAUCCUUGGGAGCAAUUUCCAAACGCCUGAAGGUACCACGUUCAUCUGUACAAACAAUAGUACGCAAGUAUAAACACCAUGGGACCACGCAGCCGUCAUACUGCUCAGGAAGGAGACGCGUUCUGUCUCCUAGAGAUGAAUGUACUUUGGUGCGAAUAGUGCAAAUCAAUCCCAGAACAACAGCAAAGGACCUUGUGAAGAUGCUGGAGGAAACAGGUACAAAAGUAUCUAUAUCCACAGUAAAACGAGUCCUAUAUCAACAUAACCUGAAAGGCCGCUCAGCAAGGAAGAAGCCACUGCUCCAAAACCGCCAUAAAAAAGACAGACUACGGUUUGCAACUGCACAUUGGGACAAAGAUCAUACUUUUUUGAGAAAUGUCCUGCGGUCUGAUGAAACAAAAACAGUUUGGCCAUAAUGACCAUCGUUAUAUUUGGAGGAAAAAGGGGGUUACUUGCAAGCCGAAGAACACAAUCCCAACCGUGAAGCACGGGGGUGGCAGCAUCAUGCUGUAGGGGUGCUUUGCUGCAGGAGGGACUGGUGCACUUCACAAAAUAGAUGGCAUCAUGAGGAAGGAAAAUUAUGUGGAUAUAUUGAAGCAACAUCUCAAGACAUCAGUCAGAAAGUUAAAGCUUGGUCGCAAAUGGGUCUUCCAAAUGGACAAUGACCCCAAGCGUACUUCCAAAGUUGUGGCAAAAAUGACUUAAGGACAACAAAGUCAAGGUAUUGGUGUGACCAUCACAAAGUCCUGACCUCAAUCCAAUAGAAAAUGUGUGGGCAGAACUGAAAAAGCGUGUGCGAGCAAGGAGGCCUACAAACCUGACUCAGUUACACCAGCUCUGUCAGCACUAAGCUAAAGAGCUGCCGAUUUCAAGGAGCGGGACUCUAACCCGGAUGCUUAUAAGAAAUCCUGCUACGCCCUCCAAUGAACCAUCAAACAGGCAAAGCAUCAAUACAGGACUAAGAUCGAAUCCUACUACACCGGCUCUGACUGUCGUCGAAUUUGGCAGCGCUUGCAAACUAUCACGGAUUACAAAGGGAAACCCAGCCGCGAGCUGCCCAGUGACAUGAGCCUACCAGAUAAGCCAAAUGCCUUCUAUGCUUGCGUCGAGGCAAGCAACCCUGAACCAUGCGUGAGAGCACCAGCUGUUACGGACGACUGUGUGAUCAUGCUCUCCAUAGCCGAUGUAAGGCCUUUAAACAGGUUAACAUUCACAAGGCCGUAGGGACAGACAGAUUACCAGGACGUGUACUCAGAGCAUGCGCCAACCAGCUGGCAAGUGUCUUCACUGACAUUUUAAACCUCUCCCUGACCCAGUCUUAAAUACCUACAUGUUUCAAGCAGACAACUAUAGUCUGUGUGCCCAAGAACGCCAAUUGAACCUGUCUAAAUGACUAUUGCCCAGUAGCACUCACAUCUGUAGCCAUGAAAUGAUUCGAAAGGCUGGUCAUGGCUCACAUCAACACCAUCAUCACAGACACCCUGGACCCAAUCCAAUUUGCGUACCAACCCCAACAGAUCCACAGAUGACACCAUCUCUAUUGCACUUCACACGUCCCUUUCCCACUUGGACAAAAGGAACACCUACAGUGCAUUCGGAAAGUAUUCAGACCCCUUGACUUUUUCCACAUUUUGUUACAUUAUAGCCUUAUUCUAAAAUGGAUUAAAUAGUUUUUAUACCCCUCCUCAAUCUACACACAAUACCCCAUAAUGGCAAAGCAAAAACAGGUUUUUAGAAAACCUAAAUAUCAUAUUUACAUAAGUAUUCAGACCCUUUACUCAGUACUUUGUUGAUGCACCUUUGGCAGUGAUUACAGCCUCAAGUCUUCUUGGGUAUGAUGCUAAAAGCUUGGCACACCUGUAUUUGUCAUUUCUCCCAUACUUCUCUGCAGAUCCUCUCAAGCUCUGUCAUGUUGGAUGGGGAGCGUCGCUGCACAGCUAUUUUCAGGUCUCUCAAGAGAUAUUCGAUCAGGUUCACGUCAGGACUCUGGCUGGGCCACUCAAGGAUAUUCAGAGACUUGUCCCCAAGCCACUCCUACGUUGUCUUGGCUGUGUGCUUAGAGUCAUUGUCCUGUUGGAAGGUGAAACUUCGCCCCAGUCUAAGGUCCCGAGUAAUCUGGAGCAGGUUUUCAUCAAGGAUCUCUCUGUACUUUCCUCUGUUCUUCUUUCCCUCGAUCCUGACUAGUCUCCCAGUCCAUGCCACUGAAAAACAUCCCCAAAGCAUGAUGCUGCCACCACCAUGCUUCACUGUAGGGAUGGUGCCAGGUUUCCUCCAGAUGUGACGCUUGACAUUCAGGUCAAAGAGUUCAAUCUUGGUUUCAUCAGAGCAGAGAAUCUUGUUUCUCCGGGUCUGAGACUCCUUUAGGUGCCUUUUGGCAAACUCCAAGUGGGCUGUCAUGUGCCUUUUACUGAGGAGUUGCUUCCACCUGGCCACUCUACCAUAAAGACCUGAUUGGUGGAGUGCUGCAGAGAUGGUUGUCCUUUGGAAGGUUCUCCUAUCUCCAAAGAGGAACUCUGGAGCUCUGUCAGAGACACCGUCGGGUUCUUGGUCACCUCCCUGACCAAGGUCCUUCUCCCCCUAUUGCUUUGUUUGGCCGGGCAGCCAGCUCCAGGAAGAGUCUUGGUGGUUUCAAACUUCUUCCAUUUAAGAAUGAUGGAGGCCACUGUGUUCUUGGGGACCUUCGAUGCUGCAGAAAUGUUUUGGUACUCUUCCAAAGAUCUGUGUCUCCACACAAUCCUGUCUCGGAGCUCUACGGACAAUUCCUUCGACCUCAUGGCUUGGUUUUCGCUCUGAUAUGAGCUGUCAACUUUGGGACCUUCUAUAGACAGGUGUGUGCCUUUCCAAAUGAUGUCCAAUCAAUUUAAUUUUCAAUGUAAACAGGAUGCACCUGAUCUCAAUGUCGAGUCUAAUAGAAAAGGGUCUGAAUACUUCUGUAAAUAAGGUUUAUUUUAUUUUUAAUACAUUUGGAAAACAUUUUAAAAACUUGUUUUCGCUUUGUCAUUAUGGGGUAUUGUGUGUAGAUUGAAUUCAUUAAAAUUAAUUUAAUCAAUUUUAGAAUAAAGCUGUAACAUAACAAAAUGUGGAAAAAAAUCAAGGGGUCUGAAUACUUUCCGAAUGCACUGUACGUGAGAAUGCUAUUCAUUGACUACAGCUCAUUGUUCAACACCAUACUGCCCUCCUAGCUCAUCACUCUUCCCCCUCAGGAGGCUGAAACGAUUUGGUAUGGGCCCUCAGAUUCUCAAAAAGUUAAACAGCUGAUCUAGAGAGCAUCUUGACUGUCUACAUCUGCAAGGCGCUACAGAGGGUAGUGCGGACGGGCCAGUACAUCACUGGGGCUGAGCUCCCUGCAAUCCAGGUCCUCUAUAGCAGGCGGUGCCAGAGGAAAACCCUAAAAAAGACUCCAGACACCCAAGUCAUAGAUUGUUCUCUCUGCUACCGCAUGGCAAGCGGUACUGAUGCACCAAGUCUGGAACCAACAGGACCAUGAAGAGCUUCUACCCCCAAGCCAUAAGACUGCUAAAUAGUUAGUUAAAUAGUUAACCAAAUAGCUACCCGGACUAUCUGCAUUGACCCUUUUUGCAUCACAUACGCUGCUGCUAGUGUUUACCAUCUGUCACUUUAAUCCUAGUUACAUGUACAUAUCUACCGCAAUUACCUCGGUACUGGUACCCCUUGUAUAUAGCCAAGUUAUCGUUAUUCAUUUUGUAUCUACAGUGCCUUGCAAUAGUAUUCAUCCCCCUUGGCGUUUUUCCCAUUUUGUUGCAUUACAACCUGUAAUUUGAAUUGAUUUUAUUUGGAUUUCAUGUAAUGGACAUACACAGAAUAGGCCAAAUUGGUGAAGUGAAAUUUAAAAAAUAACUUGUUUCAAAAAAUUAAUAACGGAAAAGUGGUGCCAUGCCUAUGUAUUCACAACCUUUGCUAUGAAGUCCGUAAAUAAGAUCUGGCGCAACAAAUUACCUCCAGAAGUCACAUAAUUAGUUAAAUAAAGUCCACCUGUGUGCAAUCUAAGUGUCACAUGAUCUGUCACAUGAUCUCAGUAUAUAUACACCUGUUCUGAAAGGCCCCAGAGUCUGUAACACCACAAAGCAAGGGGCACCACCAAGCAAGCGGCACCAUGAAGACCAAGGAGCUCUCCAAACAGGUCAGGGACAAAGAUGUGGAGAAGUACAGAUCAGGGUUGGGUUAUAAAAAAAUAUCCGAAACUUUGAACAUCCCACGGAGCACCAUUAAAUCAUUUUAAAAAAAUGGAAAGAAUAUGGCACCACAACAAACCUGCCAAGAGAGGGCCACCCCCCAAAACUCACAGACCAGGCAGGGAGGGCAUUAAUCAGAGAGGCAACAAAGAGACCAAAGAUAACCCUGAAGGAGCUGCAAAGCUCCACAGCGGAGAUUGGAGUAUCUGUCAGAGGACCACUUUAAGCCGUACACUCUAUAGAGCUGGGCUUUACGGAAGAGUGGCCAGAAAAAAGCCAUUGCUUAAAGAAAGAAAUCAGCAAACACGUUUGAUGUUCGCAAAAAGGCAUGUGGGAGACUCCCCAAACAUAUGGAAGGAGGGACUCUGGUCAGAUGAGACUAAAAUGUUGCUUUUUGGCCAUCAAGGAAAACGCUAUGUCUGGCGCAAACCCAACACCUCUCAUCACCCCGAGAACACCAUCCCCACAAUGAAGCAUGGUGUCGGCAGUAUCAUGCUGUGGGGAUGUUUUUCAUCGGCAGGGACUGGGAAACUGGUCAGAAUUGAAGGAAUGAUGGAUGCCGCUAAAUACAGGGAAAUUCUUGAGGGAAACCUGUUUCAGUCGUCCAGAGAUUUCAGACUGGGAUGGAGGUUCACCUUCCAGCAGGACAAUGGCCCUAAGCAUACUGCUAAAGCAACACUCGAGUGUUUUAAGGGGAAACAUUUAAAUGUAUUGGAAUGGCCUAGUCAAAGCCCAGACCUCAAUCCAAUUGAGAAUCUGUAGUAUGAUUUAAAGAUUGCUGUACACCAGCGGAACCCAUCCAACUUGAAGGAGCUGGAGCAGUUUUACCUCGAAGAAAGGUCAAAAAUCCCAGUGGCUAGAUGUGCCAAGCUAAUAGAGACAUACCCCAAGAGACUUGCAGCUGUAAUUGCUGCAAAAGGUGGCUCUACAAAGUAUUGACUUUGGGGGGUGAAUAGUUAUGCACGCUCAAGUUUACCGUUUUUUUGUCUUAUUUCUUGUUUGUUUCACCCCAAAAAAUAUUUUGCAUCUUCAAAGUGGUAGGCAUGUUGUGUAAAUCAAUUGAUACAAACCCCCCCAAAAAACAAUUUUAAUUCCAGGUUGUAAGGUAACAAAAUAGGAAAAAUUCCAAGGGGGUGAAUACUUUCACAAGCCACUGUAUUAUUUAUUUUCUACUAUUUCUUUAUUUUCUUUCUCUCUACAAUGUUGGGAAGGUCCCAUAAGUAAUUUCACUCUUAGUCCACAACUGUUGUUUACAAUGCAUGUGAUGAAUACAACUUGAUUUGAUGUCUACAUUUGAGCCUCCAUUUUGUUGUCAACCCACAGUUUAUAAUUUAAUAUAUGCCAUUUAGCAUAUGCUUUUAUCCAAAGCGGCUUACAGUCAUGCGUACAUAAAUUGUUCAUAGGAAUCGACUGAGACAAAUAGGACCGAUGUUUCCAGGAAGUCCACUGUGUAUGUUUCUACUUGAGCCUCUAAUUUGUUUUCUUUCAGAAGGGCCACCAUGAGAUUCGGGAGAUCCGUCAAUUCCACUUCACUAGCUGGCCUGACCAUGGGGUGCCCUGCUAUGCCACCGGCCUCCUGGGCUUUGUCCGCCAGGUCAAGUUCCUCAACCCUCCCAACGCCGGCCCCAUCGUGGCCCACUGCAGGUACAUACUGACAAUGCUGAGGGUGGGACAUGGUCAAUUAACACAGGACUACUGGGAUUACAUAUUUAUCACUCAUGGCUUUCAUAUAUGUAUUAAUUUGAACAUUAAUUCAGUAUGUCAACGACUAUUAGCCUGCUGAGCUAAAGCCUAGGCAUUAGCUCAAGGUUCUAACUCAAGUCUUCAGGUCUCAGACACAUUUCCCCAUCACUGUAAUUGGUUUUGAACAGCCUCCCUUACACGACUGUUUAUUAACUUGCUGUGGAAUCAGACAGCAGAGUUAAUUCACAAACUAUAGGGCGAGAAAAAAAUAAUGUGGCUGACUGAUGGAACUAUACUCACUGAUUCAGGUAACUCCCAAAUACCUGCACACUCUCUUUGACUACCACCUUCUGCUGCACCACAGGCCCCUGUACUCCCCAGAUCCCCACUGAAAUAACCACCACAGUAGCUGGGAGCCGUCACUUUCAUCUUUAGUGAAUGAGCAAGAGCGAUGGGAGACUAAGGCCUCUCUCUCUCACUCUCUCUCCUCCACCCCUCCCCAGCCCACUCAAACACCCACCCCUUGAGACCGAGGCAUUGAGCUCAGACAGGCAAAGGAGGAGAGGGGUUGGAGGGAGGGAGUGCGUGUGCACAAUGAGAUGUGACAUGGAGAGGCUGCUAAAUGGCACAAUGCAAUUUCACAUUUGGCUCGGGACUCUCAAAACAAAGCAGAUGUGACUAAAACAUUUUCAGAGUGGAUUAGCUCAAGUGCCAGGCGCUGUGCUUUCUGCUCCCAUGAAGCACGGGGCGCCUUUCUCCCUCUAAUACAUCCAAGGACGAGAUGGGGAGGGAAUGUUAUUACUGCCAGUUUAUCCCCCUUCUUAUCUUUGCCCUCUCAUAAAUUGGAUUGAUGACAUUAACCUUUAAGAAUUGCCUGGGAAAAAAGGAGGGUUCACACCUGUCGCGGGAGAGUGACAUCCACCUGGUCACCAAAUGGUCUUGGAUAUCCCGACCUUGGAGAAACAUAAGCCUAUACGCAAUGACACAAGAUCUGGACUUUUUGAAAUGGGAAAAAACCUUCUGGGGAGUGUUCUCUUCAGACCGACAACUCUACCUUAUAAAUCACGACUUUGGGUAGGGGGGUUUAAAAGGUGGUUGGGAAUUGUGCUCAUAGAAAAGAUUCCCCUCAGAAAAAUAGAGGCGGACCAAAUGCGAACGCAGCUAGCUAGCUAGGCUUAGAAGUGUUUAGCAGCAGUGGAGAACAACUGGCAGUCUCCAUGUGGUCCUCUGUAGCUCAGCUGGUAGAGCACGGCGCUUGUAACGCCAAGGUAGUGGGUUCGAUCCCCGGGACCACCCAUACACAAAAAUGUAUGCACGCAUGACUGUAAGUCGCUUUGGAUAAAAGCGUCUGCUAAAUGGCAUAUUAUUAUUAUUAUUAUCCAUGGAAUGAGGCGAGGAACACCAUGUCCUCAUUAUAAUUAUGGCACAUAAAUCAUCGUAUACAUUUUUAUAAAUGUUAUAACAACCCAUCUAUACUAAAAGGAGAGACAAAUUAGACGACUGCAACUUGUAAAAUGUUACUGUCUGGUAGCUAGCAACUUAUGCUAGCUAGCUACCUAGCAUUGUUCAGCUUAUAGUAAUUUAGACAUCCAGCUAGCUAACCAUCUAAUACUAGCUUUAACUUGCUCACUAUCCAUUAGUAAUCGGCUAGCUAAUCAAAUGUAUGUUUUGGUUAUAAAUUAGCUCUACUACAGGCUAAACAUUUUCCUUACCUUCACUAAAGUUAUUAUUCAUGUUUCUUCUUGGAUGCCCCUGUUGACAUAAACCAAUGUCAAUCACCCAUGUAUUCUACUGUAGCUAGAUAAUGUACUACCAAUGCUCACUGGCAUGUUUCUGUUCCAAUUUUGGCAUUGCUUUAAGUAGUCGUCAAUGAUUACAGUGGCUUGCAAAAAUAUUCACCCCACUUGGCAUUUUUCAAAUUUCUUUGCCUUACAACCUGGAAUUAAAAUUGAUUUUUUGGGGUGUUUGUAUCAAUUGAUUUACACAACAUGCCUACCAGCUUUGCAGCUCCUUCAGGGCUAUCUUUGGUCUCUUUGUUGCCUCUCUGAUUAAUGCCGUCCUUGCCUGGUCCAUGAGUUUUGAGGUGCGGCCCUCUCUUGGCAGGUUUGUUGUGGUGCCAUAUUCUUUCAAUUUUUUAAAAUAAUGGAUUUAUUGGUGCUCCGUGGGAUGUUCAAAGUUUCGGAUCUGUACUUACAUUUACGUCAUUUAGCAGACGCUCUUAUACAGAGCAACUUACAGGAGCAAUUAGGGUUAAUCGACAGAUUUUUCACCUAGUCAGCUCAGGGAUUAGAACCAGCGACCUUUCGGUUACUGGCACAACGCUUUUACCCACUAAGCUACCUGCCGCCCCAAGUACUUCUCCACAAUUUUGUCCCUGACCUGUUUGGAGAGCUCCUUGGUCUUCAUGGUGCCGCUUGCUUGGUGGUGCCCCUUGCUUAGUAGUGUUGCAGACUCUGGGGCCUUUCAGAACAGGUGUAUAUAUACUUAGAUCAUGUGACAGACCAUGUGACACUUAGAUUGCACACAGGUGGACUUUAUUUAGCUAAUUAUGUGACUUCUGAAGAUAAUUGGUUGCACCAGAUCUUAUUUAGGGGCUUCAUAGCAAAGGGGGUGAAUACAUAUCCAGGCACCACUUUUCCGUUAUAAUUUUUUAUUUAUUUUUUAAACGAGUUAAUUUUUUCAUUUCACUUCACCAAUUUGGAUUAUUUUGAGUAUGUCCAUUACAUGAAAUCCAAUUAAAAGUCAAUUUAAAUUACAUGUUGGGAUACAACCUGUACCAAUUGAAAAACGUCAAGUGGGAUGAAUACUUCUGCAAGGAACUGUGGUUAGGAACGCCUCUCACCUGGUUGUCUAGGUCUUAAUUGGACACAAAUUGAAAGGAAAUAACCAAAACCAGCAGACACACUGCCCUCCAGGAAUUGAGUUUGACACCCCUGAUCAAAUGCGACAAAAAAAAGUUUGUAUUGUACGUUGGUUGUCAAUCAUUCCCUCUAAUCAAAGAUCAAUUCCCUUAAACCUGUGGAUCCAGGUGUGUUUGGGAAGUCAGUACCAUAAAUAAAUAAAGUAAGUUCUAGAGAAAAGCCAGUCUCUCUCUCUUACCCUGUCUUAUCCUUUGGGACUUUGUAGAACCAUUCAGUUGAGUGCAUUUGUGGCACAACUCAUGUGUUAGUGGGGGCCGGCUGACUUGCGUCUCUUUGAGCUCUUUAGUUGUCUGUCGUCAUCCACAUCACCUGGGAUGUAGAUGAGCUGUCACAGUACCAUAUUGAAUGCCGCCUCUUCAACUUUUCUGCUCUUACAGCAGAAAAUAAGAGAGAGCGAAAGAGAGGGGGAGAGAUUAGAAUUUACAGGCUGUGCUAGGGGCCAUGAUGGGCAGGCAUCACCAUGGCACCUCCAGGGGCCAAUGCUGGGGUUACAUAUGACAAUAACCAAUGGGGUGAGUGUAGCAAUGAUAAGCUGGUAGUAGUAUGAACAUAUUGAACCUAAGGAGUAGCUAGUGUUCUCUGUCUGUAACGUCACUUGUCUGCUUUGCUACACUGUGAUGGGUGAUUUUAAGGAGUCAGGCGCAGGAGGGUAAAUCACAGAAUAACAGGAUUUAUUCCGGAAUACAGAUUACGCAGUAAAGCAUCAAAACAGUCCAGUGCGCAAAACAUGCGCACUGGAACCAACAAGGCACACAGAGAAAAUAACCCGGCGAUACAAAAUACAAGGAGCUCCACCGAGCUUCACUAUCCUCACAAUAAACAAUCACACACAAAGACAAGGGAGCAGAGGGAUUUCAAUGACAUACCUUACAUAUUAAAUAAAGGCAAAACAAAAAUCCUGUAAGACGUGAAGUAAAUGCCACCCGUCUGUCAUUUUCCUCUUUGAUACACUUGUCUAACAGACCUAGGGAUGGUCUGAGAGAGUGAGAGAGAGGGACUGGAUUACCUGACUGUGUUGGAGCCAAGAAGCCAGACACAGCCAGCAGCACACACACCUCCUUCUCGAGCACCGCCCCAAACACACACCUGCUACCUGGGGAGAGAGAGAGAGAGGGAAGGGCCAGAGACUAGGGUUACUUCAACCUUCAAUGGGGCAUUGAAAUAUAUUUUGAUACCAUAGAAUUAGAAUGAAUAGAACAUACCUUUCAAUUCAAAGCUAAUGCCUGGUGAGGGCUCUUAGAGAGAGAGAGAGAGAGAGAGAGAGAGAGAGAGAGAGAGAGAGAGAGAGAGAGAGAGAGAGAGAGACUAGUGUUAAAACUACUCUUCACAAAAGCCUUUAUUCUGUGUCAUCUAAAGAUGCUUGUAACCUCCGUAGCAAGACUACUAUAGCCAUGUCUCAGGGCAAACUAGCUAUAACCAUAGACAUAGAUAAGAUAUCUAGCUAGCUAGCUAUACAAAUAGAUAGCUACCCACUGGGCACAGACGUCAGUUCAACGUCUAGUUUUGAUUUACAUUUGGUUAAAUAACGUGAAUUCUAUGUGAAAUCAACAUAAAAUGAAAUGUCAACCUUUCAUUGGAUUUAGGUUAAAAGUUUUGGGGAAAGAAAUACUAAAUUCCCUUUGAUGACUUUUUGCAAAUCCAAUCACUUUUCCACGUUUGUUCAACGUAAUCACAUAUCAUGUUUUUGUUUAAAUGACGUGGAAACAACAUUGAUUUAACCCGUUUUUGCCCAGUGGUACUGCUGUGACUAGCUAACUUCAAUGCAAAUGUAUUUAGUGAGCAUUGAAUAAGAUAAACAACAGAAAGCUAGCUAGCUAGUUAACCAUCUGUAGGAACAGGAAGAUUAUUUUUCUAGCAAGCAAAUAAGCAAUUGUUGUCAGCACUGACCUGCUAAGUAAUCAUAGCAGCUAGAACAGAAAUGGUAAAGCUCUCACCGGCUUCAUAUCCAUAGCACAGCAACACAUUCAAGCAUUUAUCCAGCUGAAUCCUCAUGUUCAAAUAUAUCUAAGUUUGCUAGCAAGCUCAAUAGCUAGCUAGCUAAAUAGCAAAUUCAAUGUAUUCCUGUCUGGAGAUGGCCACCAGCUAGGUAGGUAAUGUUCGUUAGUUAACAAAUUCACAAAUUCACUGGUGUCACAACAUAAUACAUACAAAUACAACAACAGAAACCGUCAGUUAGCCAUCACACCAUGUGAAGGUAGCUGAUGCAAACUUGUGAAAUGCAGUCAUUAAAAACAUCCUCCAUUGUGCUAGGUCCUGUGUAGCUCAGUUGGUAGAGCAUGGUGCUUGCAACGCCAGGGUUAUGGGUUUGAUUCCCAUGGGGUACCACUACGAAAAUGUGUGUAUUCACUACUGUAAGUCGCUCUGAAUAAGAGCGUCGGCUAAAUGACUAAAAUGUAACUAGUUUGUGUCCUGGGAUUGUUAAUGCUAGGGCAAUAGGCGGAAAAGGCAUUGACGUCAGAAAGUUGCAACUUUUUGCGUGUGUCCCAUUUCCGACUCAUCCUCUACGUCCGAACUUUCGGCAGAAGUUGUACAGACGUCUCAAACUGUAGCAUUCAAAGAUUGCCGAAGUAAGCCGUCUCCCCCGUAGCAGCCCACUAUAUUUAACCUUAGUGUACCUGUCAUUCAUUACCUCAUCGCUUUUCCAUGAUCCAAAGCGUUGUCGGUUCAAGUUCUCCUAAAAAGUUCAGCCUGGCUUUCGAAAUACAAUGCUCCGAUCACUCCCCAACCGAAUUCCACCAUUGAGCGCUGACAACAAAUGUCCAAUGGAGUUGCAUAGAGGUUGGCAGCGAUUCCCCACUUAACUGAAAUAUAGAUGGGAUUCAGAUGAAGGCCAACAGGAUAAGCUUUGGCCCACAGAGUGUAGGCCCCCAUUUACAGACUGCGGAUUAAUUUCAAAUUUCCCGGGGCACUCCUUGACCGUUAUCCCCAUGCCAGGACCCAGUUGUUUGCCGCUCUCACCAUGAAUCACUAGCAGCUGACAGGCAAUCUGACAGGCUGCUGUGUUACUGAGUGGCCCCCGGCUCCUGAGAUCCGGAGCUGGGACCUGUCAGGAUGCUGCUGAGUGAAUGAUGGCUGAGCAGCCCCCCUCUCCUACCUCUCCUCUACCUCUUCUCCACCACUAUCUCCCUCCCAUCACAACCCCUUCCCUCCCUUGCUCCCUCCCUCCUUCACAGCCCAUCUGCUGGGUGUGUAUCCUUAACACCUAACACCGGGGUCAGGGGAAAUAGCUCUAACCCCUACCUGUCACUCGCAGGGGCUGAUGGAGUGCGCUGUUUGUCAGCGCCAUAAGGCCGUCUUGUCUCCUUUGGCUAACUGUGGGAGCGCAGCGUGGUUCAAUAUAUGUUUAUCAUAGGGCAGGAGCAUGUCGCCGCCGCUAACUGUGGCAGGUCGAUACAGAGGACAGAUUAGGAACUGCACACUCCUCCAAAAGGGUUCUUUGGCUGUCCCCAUAGGCGAACCCUUUUUGGUUCCAGGUAGAACCCUUUUGGGUUCCAGGUUGAACCCUUUUGGGUUCCAUGUAGAACCCUCUUUAGAAAGGGUUCUAAAUGGAACACAAAAGGGUUAUACCUGGUACCAAAAAGGGCUCUUCAAAAGGGUUCUUCUAUGGGGAUAGCCGAAGAACCCUUUUAGGUUCUAGAUAGCAAAACAAUUAUAAGAGUGUACUGUACGGAAAAGGCCUUACUGGAGACAUUGAUUAUAUGCUUUUUCUCUCUCUCUCUCUCUUUGUCUCUCUUUGUCUCUUUCUCUCUCUCUUUCUCUCUCUUCCCCCUCUCUCUCGCCAGUGCUGGGGCUGGAAGGACAGGCUGUUUCAUAGCUGUGGACAUCAUGCUGGAUAUGGCCGAGAACGAGGGUGUGGUGGACAUCUUCAACUGCAUCCGCGAACUGCGCUCACAAAGGGUUAACAUGGUGCAAACCGAGGUUGGUGAAGCAAUGUACUGAUUAGCUUGGCUGUGGAUAGUGGGUAAGAAGAGAGCAGUGAUGUAUCAUAGUUGAAGCAUUAGUCAUUACAGUGCCCUGCAAAGGAAAUAAUGAUACAUAAUGGCACAUAAUGGUACAUUAAAAAUGGUACAGUGUUUAAAAGUACAGUUAGCCAAUUAGCAUAGCAUUAGCCAUCCUUAUACCUAGCUUUAACAUGGUAUUUUGAGGUUAGCAUUAACAUUAGCCAUCCACAUGUUAUUUGGUUACUAGCAGUUACACAGAUAGCAUUAGCCAUCCUCAUACCAAGCAUAAAGGGAGUGCAACCAAAGUUCAAAGUCACAGCAAGUCUGUUAGCGUAGCAUUUGCCAUCGCCAUGGCGAAGGGUUAAGAAUAGCUCAAACAGUUGCCUGCUAUGGUUAGUAUUUCCCAGACAGUCACCAGACUGAUCCUAUGUCACAACCCACUGCCCACAGUUAGUUGCUCUGCGUGAAAUAUUCAGCAGGGAUAUUUUAAAGUGAGUCCUAUUGAGGGACACUGUAAAGCAUAGAAAUAGGAUGUUGUAAAGCCUAGAAAUGAUAAUGUAAAGUGAGUCCUAUGCAGGGAGAGUCUAAAGCAUAGAACUGUAAUAUAAAGAAUGGGAAAAGCCCCCCAGACCUUGAAACCAGAUUCUAUUUCUAUGAUAUAUAAGCCUGGGCCUUAGCUGCCAGACGGGCCAAUCCAGGCUAUUAGGGUUACAUUUCCCAGCGGAUCAUGCAGUCAGUGAUGGAACAGUGGUUCUUAGUGGGGAAACAGUACCUGUGAGAUAAUGUGUGUGUUUGAGAUCAACUACAUUGCAGUUGGGCCGAACAGAAUCACUGAUCUACAAAUCACCUUGCAUCCCGACUAACUACUCAUUAUUUGAUCAAGAUGAACUAUUCUGUGAUUCUCAUCUUGCUCAAACUACUCCCCUCAAACACUCUGAGUGCUACUCCAAUGUCAAUAGUGAGAAUGACAAAAUGGCUAAAAUAACUACUAUUGUUUUAUUAACUUCUGUGUACCCACUAGACCGACAUACAUUGUAUAUUCUCAACGACUCCGCGACUAGCAACUGUUCGUAAACACCAUCAGCAAGCAUGAUAUCACUUCUGAUCAAAUGUGUGUGGUGUCUCCUCUGGAAGAUUUCCCAAGUCAGGCGAGUGUAGCUACCUCUGGAGUGUGCUCAGUCAUGCAUCUUCCAUCCCAAUGAUCCUAUUAAUAUUAAAUACAUGUUGAAUAAUAGAUAACUUAGUCCGCACACGUUUUAUUCUAUGAAUAAAAAAAAUGACUCAAAUGUAAUAAGUGUGUUUGCUAAGUGUCUGAGGGUUACGACCCCGGGAGUUUUGCAGUCCCCCUUAAAUAACGGUAAUACAACAGCAAACUCAUGUUGUUCUUCACAUUAAUAUCUCUGGUAAACACACACUAUACCAAAUAAAAUAUAUGUUUAUUUGUCACAUGCACAGGAUACAGAAGGUGUAAAUCGUACAGUGAAAUGGUUACUUGCAUAUUUGCAUAGUAGCAAUAUCAAAAACAGAAAUUGUAUUAUUAUUAGAUGACGGUUACCCAACACAUUUGUCUAAAUUGAUGGGUCAUGUGAAGGAAAUGCUAUAACCACCCCCCAGCCACAUCUAGCUAAGUGGAGGGGUCACUGUUGUCUAGACAUGUACACAUGUUCAUGAAAUACAGUAGAUGGCCAUAAUCACCCCCAGACACACCUGGCUAAUUUGAUGGUUCAUGUAAUCAUCUGGCGAAGUGGAGUCUUUUGUUUAGACAUGUAGCUAGCUAGCUAAACAAUGAACCGGCAUAAUCCCAACUCAUACUACUACCAAUACAAACUGAUUGUCAUAGCUGUAGUAUAAAUAUGUAGGUAGCUAAAGCUAACCAAUUAGGUUAAAUGUUAGCUAGCUAGCUAAUAUUAGGCAAUAACUCGCAAUGCAAAUAGAUUUCUGAUUAGAAUAAUAUUACUAAAGAUAUCAUACAUGUAACGUUAGCUAGCGAGAGAGCAAGCUAAUGUUCGCUAGCUAGCCAACAGUACGCUUUAACUUGCAAUGAAAAUGACUUCUGACAAAAUGUGAAAUAUAUAAUAUCUGAAAAUGUAGCUAGACUCUCACCCAUAUACAUGGAUGAAUGCUUCACGGUAGACUGGAACAAUUUAACUCUGUUUGUUUGUAGCUACAUCUUGUUUGGCCAGCAUUGUGCCAAGUCAUUCCAGUUCACACUGACUGUGGAGUGUGCAGAAAGUAGUCCAUCACAACUUUUUCCAACUGAUUUGUUGUUGAGAAAAGUAGCAAAACUUUUGUUGUUCACAGUGGCUAAUGUUAUAUCUUUAAAAAAAUAUGCGGUAGAAAGGUUAUCAACACAUACUGAGCAGCUCACAUUGUAGUAAGAAGCAUGCUACCUGGCAGACCAAUCCAAACUCAUCUCCUGGCAUGUCCAGCCCAUCCAUUAUCUCAGCCAGUCAUGGCUAGCGUGAAGGUACCUGUCUUUUUCCUUAGCUAAACCAACUAGUCUCGUAAUUUAACAAUUUUAUUCGUAUUUACAGAUGGAAUACAAAUUUGUUAUUAAGGCACAUGAAAGUUCACAUGUUCCAGAAGGCAUUUCUGCAAAAAAAAAAAAACAUUUUGAUCAUUAAAAAAAUGCCUUUCCUGUGAAGUAGUGACAUGUGACAUAUGCCUAGCUUCCUGAAACGGUUAGCAUAUAUCAGUAGAGGCUCCUCAGAGAAGGAAGGGGAGGACCAUAGUGAAACAUAAAAAAUAUAUUAUUUUUAGAAGACAUCCUCCAACCUAUCAGAGCUCUUGCAGCUCUUGCAGAACUGACAUCAAAGGAGCAGAAAAUGAAUCUACUGAAUGCAUAAUCUACAGAUUACUAGCACUGCAGCGCAUAAAAUGUGGUGAGUAGUUGACUCAAAGAGAGAGAGAGAGAGAGAGAGAGAGAGAGAGAGAGAGAGAGAGAGAGAGAGAGAGAGAGAGAGAGAGAGAGAGAGAGAGAGAGAGACUGUGUGUAGCGUUGCAGGAGUCUCUUAGUUUGAGUCAGGUAGGUUUUAUUUCGUUUUAUUUCACGUUCACUUACUUAGCUAGCUAAUGCAGCUAGCGAAUUUUGCCUAUUGAAACACCCGGUUAAACAGAGAGGAAUGCUAUUUAUGUUAGUUAGCUGGCUAAGGCUAUCCAACACUGGAACUCUUCCAAGUCAAAGUAAGCUUUUGGUUCUAUUAAUUUAUUGCCACCGGGGCCCACCAGUGUAACUGCUAAACUGCUUGCUGUACAUUGUACUGAGUGAUUGUAGCGGGUUUACUAACGCGUUGGUUCUAGUAGCAAUGUUGACUAUAACGUUAACUAAUAUGGUGACAACGAUGUAGGCUGUGUGUAGCGGUUAUGGUAUGAUGGUUUGAGUUGGAAAGUUUUUGUCUCCUGGUGUCAGACAACUGUUGUGUUGUGCACUGAAGCCAACAAGCGAAGGGAAAGGUGAGAGGAGGAGAGUGAUAAGAUGCGAGAAGGAAUUAUACAAUGAGCAAAGUGAUGAUGCUGUUUGUAUGUGGCUGCUAUGAAAGUGAUCUGUGUGUGCGGGUGAUCAGGGGUUUAUUCAUUCUACCGAUUCUGUUGAAAAACGUUUCUUAAACGGAAGCAAACGGAACGAAACAGGGAUAAACCUACCUGAGUUUGUCCAAUAGAAACUCUUGUUUGCAACUGUUUGGACUAAUGAUUACAGCUAGAUGCAGGCAAGCGUGUGGAAGGCGGUAUUGAACGUGUCACUGUCUGUCACCUUGAUUACUCCAAUUUGUCUCUCGACCUGUACACCUGCCGGAUUGAAUGGGCUCGUUGGCCUACGUGCCGAAUGUUGCCCCCCCCCAUUCUAAUGCCUGAGCCUUCCGCAUUGUUGAGUGAAAAUAUGCAUAAUGCUAUUCAUGCUAUUCAGUGGCUGGGCUUUUGGAGAUUAUUUAAUAUCACUGGCCACUUGAUGAACACAAUGCAACCACUGUUGAGCCGCACACAACAUCUUGAACUCCUUUUAAGGGCGUUACAUGGCUGCCUUUUUUCCCGCGGUUCACGUACUUCUCCAUAGGAGAUUACUUUACCUGCUUCAAACUGCAAAUUUAUGCAAUGCGCUUUUCAGGCUAUGAAAUCCGUUUCAUCACCGAGCAUGAGGUUAUGUGUUAAAAAUGUUUUGUUCUGUGUUAGAUUUGACGUAUUGACGUUCAGUAAUGACUACUAGGUAACACUUUACAUUAAGUUGCCUAUAUUACAAUGUAAGUACACAGUAAUAACUGUAGUAACAACAUGCAGUAGUAGUUACAUAGGUGUUGCUAUGUAAUUACAUGGUACUAGGGUUGUAGCGUUAUGGGUUAUUACACAAUUCGAACAAGGAAUGUGUAGUUACACAUCCACUUGCUGUAGGUUAUUCCACAUGUGUAAUUACUCAUGUUACAACAUAUUUUCUUGUUCCACUAUGUAACUAAUAUUUUGUAAUUACAUGUUUUUAAGUCACCUGUGAAUUACCAUGUUAAUAGCUUCAACCAAAAUCUGACCUUGUUACAUAUACCGACAAGGUGCCAUUAGCAUCGAAUCCACAUGUAAUACCAGGGUUGUUAAAUAGUCUGGUCACAAUAAUUGUAACAAAGCACACCCUGUAAUUAACUUCCAGUCAUUUUCAAUUUGUUUAUUUCUAUGACCUGGCUUAAAGGCCCAGUGCAGUUUAAAAUGUUAUUUUCCUUUGUUUUAUAUAUACAGUGCCUUCGGAAAGUAUUCAGACCGCUUUACUUUUUCCACAUUUUGAUACUUACAGCCGUAAUCUAAAAUUUAUUAAAUUGUUAUUUUCCCUCAUCAAUCUACACACAAUACCCCAUAAUGACAAAGCAAAAACAGGUUUUUAGAAUUUUUCGCAAAAAAUAAACCAAAAAAUAAAAUGAAACAUUACAUUUACUUAAGUCUUCAGACCCUUUACUCAGUACUUUGUUGAAGCACCUUUGGCAGCGAUUACAGCCUCGAGUCUUCUUGGGUAUGACGCUACAAGCUUGGCACACCUGUGUUUGGGGAGUUUCUCCCAUUCUUCUCUGCAGAUCCUCUCAAGCUCUGUCAGGUUGGAUGGAGAGUGUUACUGCACAGCUAUUUCCAGGUCUCUCCAGAGAUGUUCGAUCGGGUUCAAGUCCGCUCUCUGGCUGGGCCAGUCUAGGACAUUCAGAGAUUUGUCCCGAAGCCCCUCCUGCGUUGUCUUGGCUGUGUGCUUAGGGUCGUCGUCCUGUUGGAAGGUGAACCUUCGCCCCAGUCUGAGGUCCUGAGUGCUCUGGAGCAGGUUUUCAUCAAGGAUGGCUCUGUACUUUGCCUCAAUCCUGACUAGUCGCCAAGUCCCUGCCGCUGAAAAACAUCCCCACAGCAUGAUGCUGCCACCACCAUGCUUCACUGUAGGGAUGGUGCCAGGUUUUCUCCAGAUGUGAUGCUUGGCAUUCAGGCCAAAGAGUUCAAUCUUCAUUUCAUUAGACCAGAGAAUCUUGUUUCUCAUGGUCUGGCAGUCUUUAGGUGCCUUUUGGCAAACUCCAAGCGGGCUGUCAUGUGCCUUUUUAAUGAGGAGUGGCUUCCGUCUGGCCACUCUAUCAUAAAGGCCUCAUUGGUGGAGUGCUGCCGAGAUGGUUGACCUUCUGGAAGGUUCUCCCAUCUCCACAGAGGAACUCUAGAGCUCUGUCAGAGUGACCACCUCCCUGAUCAAGGCCCUUCUACCCCGAUAGCUCAGUUUGCCUGGGCGGCCAGCUCUAGGAAGAGUCUUGGUGGUUCCAACAUUCUUCUUUUUAAGAAUGAUGGAGGCUACUGUGUUCUUGGGGACCUUCAAUGCUGCAGACAUUUUUUGGUACCCUUCUCCAGAUCUGUGCCUCGACACAAUCCUGUCUCAGAGCUCUACGGACAAUUCAUUCAACCUUAAGGCUUGAUUUUUGCUCUGACAUACACUGUCAACUGUGGGACCUUAUAUAGACAGGUGUGUGCCUUUCCAAAUCAUGUCCAAUCAAUUGAAUUCACCACAGGUGGACUCCAAUCAAGUUGUUGAAACAGGAUGCACCUGAGCUCAACUUCGAGUCUAAUAGCAAACGGUCUGAAUACCUAAGUAAAUGUGAUAUCUGUUUUUUCUAAAAACCUGUUUUUGCUUUGUCAUUAUGGGGUAUUGUGUGCAGAUUGAUGCAGAUUUUAAUUUAUUUAAUCAAUUUUAAAAUAAGGCUGUAAAGUAACAAAGUGUGGAAAAAGUCAAGGGGUCUGAAUACUUUCCGAAUGCACUGUACCACACCCCUCGUGCGUUAUUUCUUAAGUAUAUCCUACGUAACUACAUUGUUCUUACAUUACACUUGAUUCAGUAUACCCUUUGAGCCAGGUAAUAACACAGAUAUUAACUCAUCUAAAAUAACCAGUAGAUAAUAACAGGGUGUGCCUUCCUACAAUUGUUGUUACCAGGUCCUAGCCUAUUUACAUCAUUAGAUCAAGAUGGUAUCAACCCUGGUAUUACCGGUGGAUUUGAUGGUAAUGGCACCAUAUAGUUACAUGUAACAAGGUCAAAUUUUGGUUCGAAUUAUUAACAUAGUAAUUAACAGGUGACUCUCAAACGUGUAAUUACAAAACAUUAGUUACAUAGUGUAACAAGAAAAUGUGUAACAUCAGUAAUUACACAUGUGGAAUAACCUUCAGCAAGUGGUUGUGUCAUUUCUCAAUCGUUGUUCCAAUUGUGUAAUAACUGAUAUCGCUACAACCCUAUUACUAUGUAAUUACAUAGUAAUACCUAUGUAACUACUAUGUUGGUACUACAGUUAUUACUGCGUAGUUGCAUGGUAAUAGGGGCAACUAAUUAUGGUUUUGUGUAUCUGUGUACAAACAGUAAUACAGUUGGGCUCGGUACCUGUAUGUACUGCUCUGUUCUCAAAACAUUUCAACAGUACAUGUGAAUUGAGUCUAAUGGAUUUGAAUAGGGUCCAACUACUGGUUGAAGUGCUGUAAUAAAGUGGGCCUUGAGUGUGUUGAGGUUGACCUAAAGGGUAGAAGUACAUGAACCGCUUAUGUCAUAUUAUUUUAUGUCAUCUCACCUGUUAUGUCAUGUGUCCUACCCCAGGAGCAGUAUGUCUUUGUCCACGAUGCCAUCCUGGAAGCCUUCCUGUGUGGAAACACGGCCAUCCCAGUCUGUGAAUUCAGAGCCAUAUACUACAACAUCAUCAGACUGGACCCACAGACCAACUCCAGCCAAAUUAAGGACGAGUUUCAGGUUAGCACCCUCCACUUUUAGCACCCUCCACUUCUGUCUGUCUGUUUGUAUGUAUGUCCUUCUCUUAUCCUCCUAAGAGGCAUGGUAUUUGCCUUUUCCACCUAAGAUGGGUGACAUUUGCCUUCUCCAAGAACAAGGCCUCGUAGCUACCAUCAGGAAGCAGUAGGAACUCGGCAGCUAAGCACUUUCCUUGUGCUCCGUAUUCUCUCUGAGAUGAAUAUCCCAUCACUGUAUCAAGCACAGGUCUCAGAUCUGUCAUCUGUCUCAUAAUGUAUGAUGCAUAUCUCUCUAUCACUCUCCCAAUGUUGAUCUCCCUCGUUCUCCCUCAUAAAUAAGUCAUCUGCAGCCUUCGCUUCAGUGAAGUAUUUGCACUUGUUGAAGGCUCCGACUACUAGUAAUGUAUUUUUUGUUAGAAUAUGGAAAUCUAAGAAAAUAGGAGCAGAUUAUUAGUUUUCCUGGGCUUAUUUACACACCAAUUCAUUCUCCACUACUAGUCUGGGCAGUUGAUUCAGGGCUGUGUUAUUGUGAGUGUUGCAGAGGAGGUGGUUUGGUGAAUAACGCUAGUGGAGGGAGAAACCUUGCCUGAGACCUGAAUACUUGUAGUUCCCAGAGACUAAUGUAAUGCCUAUAGGCUUUAGCUUAGAAGAAUACUGUAAUAUAGUAUUGUGUCUCGCGAACAUCUCAGGUUUGAAGUUAAUUCCCAGUAGGUUACAAAAACGUGUCGAAGAUGAAAAUAGUCAGCAACUCUUGGUAAGACAAUGGAGGUUUUCUUUAAAAAAUUUGUUAAAACCUAAAAAAUAAUUGUCCAAAUAACGUCUUCGCUUUCCAGACUCUGAACAUCGUGACUCCCCGGGUGCGGCCUGAAGACUGUAGCGUGGGACUGCUCCCCCGGAACCACGACAAGAACCGCAGCAUGGACGUCCUGUCCGUGGAUCGCUGCCUACCUUUCCUCAUCUCUGUUGAUGGAGAGUCCAGUAACUAUAUCAACGCUGCCCUCAUGGACGUAAGUUCAUCUAGAGAGAGAGAGAGAGAGAGAGAGAGAGCGAGCGAGAGAGGAGAGAGAGAGGAGAGAGAAGAGAGGAGAGAGGGAGAGAGAGAGAGAGAGAGAGAGAGAGAGAGAGAGAGAGAGAGAGCGGAGAGAGAGAGAGAGCGAGGAGCGAGAGAGGAGAGAGAGAGAGAGAGAGAGAGAGAGAGAGAGAGAGAGAGAGAGAGAGAGAGAGAGAAGAGAGAGAGAGAGAGGAGAGAGAGAGAAGAGAGAGCGAGAGAGAGAGGAGAUAGAGAGAGCGCGAGAGAGAGAUAUAGCCUAGACCGAGACGAGAGAUCGUAUAGCGCUCCUCGAUAUCGCUCACUAUCUAUGCUAUCUCUUCUCUUCUCUCUCUCUCUCUCUCUCUCUCUCUCUCUCUCUAUCUCUCUCUCUCUCUCUCUCUCUCUCUACUGACGGCUGAAGUGCUGUGUUUUUAAUUUUUUUCCAGAGCCAUAAACAGCCAGCAGCCUUCAUCGUAACCCAGCACCCGCUGCCCAACACGGCGGCCGACUUCUGGAGGCUGGUCUUUGACUACAACUGCUCCUCGAUAGUCAUGCUCAACGAGAUGGAUGCAGCGCAGGUGUGUAUUGUUCACCCUCUGGGUUCGCAUACACACAGGAAUGUGUGCACACACAUAUAUGUGCACGUAAGCAUACGCAUGCACACACAUAGACACAUACACACACAGUGACCUCGCUUAUCUCUUUGACUAUCGGUCUGCCGUGGGGGUCUUACACAUGCUCUAUCACUCUCUGUUCAUCUCUACAGGAGAAAAAUUAUUUUUUCCCCUGCUGAUUUGGUACGUUUGCCCACUGACAAAGAAAUGAGCAGUCUAUAAUUGUAAUGGAAGGUUUAUUUGAACAGUGAGAGACAGAAUAACAACAAAAUAAUCCAGAAAAAUGCAUGCCAAGAGUGUGCAAAGCUGUCAUCAAGGCAAAGGGUGGCUAUAUAUAUUUUGAUUUGUUUAACACUUUUUUGGUUACUACGUGAUUCCAUAUGUGUUAUUUCAUAGUUUUGAUGUCUUCGCUAUUAUUCUACAAUGUAGAAAAUAGUAAAAAUAAAGAAAAACCCUUGAAUGAGUAGGUGUUUCCAACCUUUUGACUGGUACUGUAGCUAGGCUAAUUAUAUUUCUAUGGCUAACCCACUCUUUUCUCCCUAGCUUUGCAUGCAGUACUGGCCCGAGAAGAGCUCCUGCUGCUACGGCCCCGUCCAGGUGGAGUUCAUCUCAGCCGACAUCGAUGAAGACAUCAUCAAUCGCAUCUUCAGGAUCUGCAACAUGGCCAGGGUCUGUAUCACAAUAAAGAAAGUACGGUGGCAAACCAUGUUUUAAAAUGAAUAGGGCACACUGUAUAGGUUACUUAUUAUUAUCACAGUCAUAGAAACUAGAAUCUAUGUCUGUAGGACUUUAUCAGGCUCAACUCGUUUCCUCUCAUAGGUCACGAACUGUAUUACAUUCCAUAGGUCACAGACCAGCAUAAAAAAGAAACAGAUGCUCAGAUGCUAGAUGCACUGAAUUUGUCUUGCCUCCACUUCUAUGACAGUCCACUAUGAUAUAUCGCUAGGACACUGUCCUGUCAGUUACUCCUUCAAAUGUCAACCUAAUUGCUUUUGCCAUGCACACCACGUAUCCAUGUAAGACCUGGGUUCAAAUACUAUUCUAAAUCAUUUAUAAUACUCCAGCAUUGUUUGAAUUAGCUUGCCUGGCAAAAUGGAGCAAAUAGAAUAGUUCCAAAAGUGAAAACCAUGUCAAUUUGGCACUCCAGGCAGUCUAAAGCAAAUGCUCAAAGCAUGUGAAUGAUUUCAAAUAGUAUCUGAACCCGGGUCUGAUCCAUGUGCACAAUCAUCCUGUAAACAUUUAACCUCUGCUUUGAGCCCUGCCAAUGGGGAUGGUGCUAACAGACACGCCCAGCCUAGCAGAGCAAUGGUUGGUUCAGACUGGUUCCAUAUGGCUUUGUUUUACACUACUACUCAUUAGACCCCAUUAAAUCACUGCCACGUGAUUCCCUGUGUUUGUGGCACACGGUUACUCCUUUCUCUCUUCUCUCCUCUCCCUCUUGCUUGCUCAUGGCCCCUCACUUUACCAGCAGUGACGGCAGGCUUUGCCAGCCAGCUAAUCAACACUUAGCUCUGUGAUGGUGUGAAAAGCCACAGCGGUGGUGUCUCCAAUUUACAGAGAAAUGGUUCCAUCGCCACCGCGAGCAGCACAUGACACGGCUCCUGUACGACAAAAUGUGUCUUCCCUUGUUCCCAGCUUGGGCAUGGAGCCAGAUUACGUCUUUGUUGUGAUUGCCAGUCGUUGGCUUGUUGGCUGUGCUCUGGCUAAGGGAAGCAUUGCCACAACUUUGAACCAAAAUACACUGGGAAAAUAAGUGCUUCUGAUGAGGUGCUCAGUGCGUCAGCAGUUAUUUAUUGACUUGGGUGGCUGAGUGGUUUAUGUUUGCAGUGGACACGGAGGUAAACUUGAUUCCCCUCCAAAUUGGUGAAGUCCAUCUACCAAUUAUGGUGAUGGUUAUAAUGAGGAGGAAGAUUAGCUUGCUAGUGGCUGAUGAUUGUGCUAAGGAUAAUGAGGAUGCUGUCUGUGAUGUUGUCCAUGAUGAUGAUGUUUUGAUAAUGCAAUGAUGAUGUUGACCACAACAACGAUGAUGAUGAUGAUGAUGAUGAUGGAAAUGGCAUUAAUUUGUGAUUCUCUCUCUCUCUGUCUUUGGCAGCCCCAGGAUGGCUACCGUUUGGUGCAGCAUUUCCAGUUCAUCGGCUGGCCGGCCUAUCGGGACACGCCCCUGUCCAAGCGCUCCAUCCUGCAGCUGGUGAGACGUCUGGCUAAGUGGCAGGAGCAGUACGACGGGGGAGAUGGACGCACCGUGGUCCACUGCCUGUGAGUAGCUGAGGGCUCAAAGGAAGUUCAGUCUUUGUAUUACGGUGUCGAUAUCAGAUUCACACGUCGAUGGAAGUUGUAUACUCAUACGGUUGUCCAUAUCAGAACAGUCACAGAUCCAUGGAAGUUGAAUGACGAAACAGUAUUCAUAUUAGGACAGUCACACUUCCAGGGAAGUUGUAUUUCCAUACGGUGUCCAUAUCAGAACACAGUUAUUUACUCAUACAGUGUCCAUACUUGGAUAGUCACUUGUCCAUGGAAAUUGUAUACAAGGACAUUUAAACCAGACAGGAUGUGGAGGGGUAGAAUUUCAGAAAGUGCAGAAACGAGAAAAUAACUAAUGCUGGAAUUCAUUCAAUUUCUGCUGCUAAAUGAGUGAAGUUAGUCGUAGAAAAGAUUCCCUGUAUAUUCUGUCUGGCCCUACUCAGAUUCAACACUAUACUCUCAGACAGGAAGAAAAUAGGGAAUGUGCUUUACGAAUGUAUUGAUCACUGCUCGCUUCCCCAGUGCUGUUUCCUUCUAGAGCAGUGGUACUCAACUACUAUUUGAGAAGGUCCGGUCACACAUAUUUCCUAGAUGGCAAAGGUCCGGAUGGAUAUUGUCAGUUAUCGGCAUAGUAACAAACCUCGACCCAUGCAACCCCAAACUGUUCAAACUGUUCACACCACUCUUGUUGGCGGAGAGAAAAUGUUGCCAUUUUUAAGCUAAUUUCCUGCAAUGCUACACAUUUUGCCAUGGGGCGGAGAGAAAAUGGAUAAGUUUUAAAGCUAAUUUCCUGCAAUUCUACACAUUUUACCAUGUCUUGUGUAUUAUGAUACCUGCGUGACUCAACUAAAUCAAUGGGCUCCCCCUGGGGGUCAAAGCCCCUGGGAACAUUAUCUGGCCAUGAUAACUACAAUAUUUAGAAAGCUGGUUAGCCUAAUUUACCCAUUUAGCUAACUUGGCCAGUAGUUGAUCAACUGGACAUUUAUCACAGGUUAAGAAUAGCUCUCUAAGGUCUGUCAGUGAAUUACAUAACGAGGAAAACUGCCCAUGCACUACCAAAUUUCGAAAUUGGACCUUGUGCGUUCUACUAUUACAUCUCUCAGCAGUAGUUCAAAGCCCGACUGACUCCCACAGACAAAAUGGCUGUUCUAGAGGAUGGAAAGUCAUUUAUAUGACUUUUCUAUGACUCUCAACCACACUGUUUCUGUUGUGGUGAAAAAUUGCAUUUAAAAGUCACAUGGAAAAAAUAGAUAUUGACAACAUCAAAAAAGACAACCAUGAGGUCCAUGGUCUGUGGCACGUGAGAGAGAUGAGAUGUACCUGAACUGAUGAAGUGGUAAGAGUCAGUGACAAAAAGAGGCUUGUGAGCAUCAUCACUCCAAGUUCGAUGCCAGUUUGUGCUCCUCGCCAUGACAUACAGUGCAUUCAGAAAGUAUUCAGACCCCUUCACUUUUUCCACAUUUUGUCACCUUACAGUCUUAUUCUGUAUUCUAUAUAUAUAUAUUGUUUUUUUAUCAUCAGCAAUCUACACACAAUACCCCAUAAUGACAAAGCGAAAACAGGUUUUUAGACAUUUUGGCAAAUGUAUAAAAAAAUAAAAACAGAAAUACCUUAUUUACAUAAGUAUUCAGACCCUUUGCAAUGAGACUCGAAAUUGAGCUCAGGUGCAUCCUGUUUCCAUUGAUCAUCCUUGAAAUGUUGGAAAGGCACAGACCUGUCUACAGUGAGGGAAAAAAGUAUUUGAUCCCCUGCUGAUUUUGUAUGUUUGCCCACUGACAAAGAAAUGAUCAGUCUAUAAUUGUAAUGGUAGGUUUAUUUGAACAGUGAGAGACAGAAUAACAAAAAAAAUCCUGAAAAAUGCAUUAAAAAAAUGUUAUAAAUUGAUUUGCAUUUUAAUGAGGGAAACUAGUAUUUGACCCCCUCUCAAUCAGAAAGAUUUCUGGUUCCCAGGUGUCUUUUAUACAGGUAACGAGCUGAGAUUAGGAGCACACUCUUAAAGGCAGUGCUCCUAAUCUCAUCUUGUUACCUGUAUAAAAGACACCUGUCCACAGAAGCAAUCAAUCAAUCAGGUUCCAAACUCUCCACCAUGGCCAAGACCAAAGAGCUCUCCAAGGAUGUCAGGAACAAGAUUAUAGACCUACACAAGGCUGGAAUGGGCUACAAGACCAUCGCCAAGCAGCUUGGUGAGAAGGUGACAACAGUUGGUGCGAUUAUUCGCAAAUGGAAGAAACACAAAAUAACUGUCAAUCUCCCUCGGCCUGGGGCUCCAUGCAAGAUCUCACCUCGUGGAGUUGCAAUGAUCAUGAGAACGGUGAGGAAUCAGCCCAGAACUACACGGGAGGAUCUUGUCAAUGAUCUCAAGGCAGCUGGGACCAUAGUCACCAAGAAAACACUACGCCGUGAAGGACUGAAAUCCUUCAGCACCCGCAAGGUCCCCCUGCUGAAGAAAGCACAUAUACAGGGCCAUCUGAAGUUUGCCAAUAAACAUCUAAAUGAUUCAGAGGAGAACUAGGUGAAAGUGUUGUGGUCAGAUGAGACCAAAAUCGAGCUCUUUGGCAUCAACUCAACUCGCCGUGUUUGGAGGAGGAGGAAUGCUGCCUAUGACCCCAAGAACACCAUCCCCACCAUCAAACAUGGAGGUCGAAACAUUAUGCUUUGGGGGUGUUUUCUGCUAAGGGGACAGGAAAACUUCACCGCAUCAAAGGGACGAUGGACGGGGCCAUGUACCAUAACAUCAUGGGUGAGAACCUCCUUCCCUCAGCCAGGGCAUUGAAAAUGUGUUGUGGAUGGGUAUUCCAGCACGACAAUGACCCAAAACACACGGCCAAGGCAACAAAGGAGUGGCUCAAGAAGAAGCACAUUAAGGUCCUGGAGUGGCCUAGCCAGUCUCCAGACCUUAAUCCCAUAGAAUAUCUGUGGAGGGAGCUGAAGGUUCGAGUUGCCAAAUGUCAGCCUCAAAACCUUAAUGACUUGGAGAAGAUCUGCAAAGAGGAGUGGAACAAAAUCCCUCCUGAGAUGUGUGCAAACCUGGUGGCCAACUACAAGAAACGUCUGACCUCUGUGAUUGCCAACAAGGGUUUUGCCACCAAGUACUAAGUCAUGUUUUGCAGAGGGGUCAAAUACUUAUUUCCCUCAUUACAAUGCAAAUCAAUUUAUAACAUUUUUGACAUGCGUUUUUCUGGAUUUUUGUUGUUGUUAUUCUGUCUCUCACUGUUCAAAUAAACCUACCAUUAAAAUUAUAGACUGAUCAUGUCUUUGUCAGUGGGCAAACAUACAAAAUCAGCAGGGGAUCAACAACUUUUUUCCCUCACUGUAUAUAAGGUCCCACAGUUGACAGCACAUGUCGGAGCAAAAAACAAGCCUUGAGGUUGAAGGAAUUGUCCAUAGAGCUCAGAAACAGGAUUGUGCAGAGGCACAGAUCUGGGGAAGGGUACCAAAACAUUUCUGCAGCAUUGAAGGUCCCCAAGAACACAGUGGCCACCAUCAUUCUUAAAUGGAAGAUGUUUGGAACCACCAAGACUCUUCCUAGAGCUGGCCGCCCUGCCAAACUGAGCAAUCGGGGGAGAAGGGCCUUGGUCAGGGAGGUGACCAAGAAGCUGAUGGUCACUCUGACAGAGCUCUAGAGUUCCUCUGUGGAGAUGGGAGAAUCUUCCAGAAUGACAACCAUCUCGGCAGCACUCCACCAUUCAAGCCCCCUUGGAGUUUGCCAAAAGGCACCUAAAGACUCUCAGACCAUGAGAAACAAUAUUCUCUGGUCUGAUGGAACCAAGAUUGAACUCUUUGGCCUGAAUACCAAGCGUUACGUCUGGAGGAAACCUGGCACCAUUCCUACGGUGAAGCAUGGUGGUGGCAGCAUCAUGCUAUGGGGAUGUGUUUCAGCGGCCGGGACUGGGAGACUAGUCAGGAUCGAGGGAAAGAUGAAUGGAGCAAAGUACAGAGAGAUUCUUGAUGAAAACCUGCUCCAGAGCGCUCAGGACCUCAGACUGGGACAAAGUUCACCUUCCAACAGGACAAUGACCUUAAGCACACAGCCAAGACAACGCAAGAGUGGCUUCGGGUCAUGUCUCUGAAUGUCCUUGAGUGGCCCAGCCAGAGCCCGGAUUUAAACAUCUGAACAUCUCAAAUCAAAUCAAAUCAAAUGUUAUUGGUGACCUACACUUAUUUAGCAGAUGUUAUUGCGGGUGUAGCGAAAUGCUUGUGUUUCUAGCUCCAACAGUGCAGUAGUAUCGAACAAUUCACAACAAUACACAGAAUACACACAAAUCUAAAAGUAAAAGAAUGGAAUUAAGAAAUAUAUACAUAUUAGAGAAAUAGACUAAAAUACAGUAGAAUAGAAUACAGUAUAUACAGUUGAAGUUGGAAGUUUACAUACACUUACAUACACUCAUUAAAACUUGUUUUUCAACCACUCCACAAAUUUCUUGUUAACAAACUAUAGUUUUGGCAAGUCAGUUAGGGCAUCUACUUUGUGCAUGACACAAGUAAUUGUUUACAGACAGAUUGUUUCACUUAUAAUUCACUGUAUCACAAUUCCAGUGGGACAGAAGUUUACAUACACUAAGUUGACGGUGCCUUUAAACAGCUUGGAAAAUUCCAGAAAAUGAUGUCAUGGCUUUAGAAGCUUCUGAUAGGCUAAUUGACAUCAUUUGAGUCAAUUGGAGGUGUACAUGUGGAUGUAUUUCAAGGCCUACCUUCAAACUCAGUGCCUCUAUGCUUGACAUCAUGGGAAAAUGAAAAGAAAUCAGCCAAGACCUCAGAAAAUAAAUUGUAGACCUCCACAAGUCUGGUUCAUCCAAAUUUCCAAACGCCUGCAGGUACCACGUUCAUCUGUACAAACAACAGUACGCAAGUAUAAACACCAUGGGACCACGCAGACGUCAUACCACUCAGGAAGGAGACGCGUUCUGUCUCCUAGAGAUGAACGUACUUUGGUGUAAAUAGUGCAAAUCAAUCCCAGAACAACAGCAAAGGACCUUGUGAAGAUGCUGGAGGAAACAGCUACAAAAGUAUCUAUAUCCACAGUAAAACGAGUCCUAUAUUGACAUAACCUGAAAGGCCGCUCAGUAAGGAAGAAGCCACUGCUCCAAAACUGCCAUAAAAUAGCCAGACUACGGUUUGCAACUGCACAUGGGGACAAAGAUCGUACUUUUUGGAGAAAUGUCCUCUGGUGUGAUGAAACAAUAAUAUAACUGUUUGCCCAUAAUGACCAUCAUUAUGUUUGGAAGAAAAGGGGGGCUGCUUGCAAGCCGAAGAACACCAUCCCAACCGUGAAGCACGGGGUGGCAGCAUCAUGCUGUGGGGGUGCUUUGCUGCAGGAGGGACUGGUGCACUUCACAAAAUAGAUGGCAUCAUGAGGAAGGAAAAUUAUGUGGAUAUUAUGAAGCAACAUCUCAAGAAAUCAGUCAGGAAGUCAAAGCUUGGUCGCAAAUGGGUCUUCCAAAUGGACAAUGACCCCAAGCAUACUUCCAAAGUUGUGCCAAAAUGGCUUAAGGACAACAAAGUCAAGGUAUUGGAGUGGCCAUCACAAAGCCCUGACAUGAAUUCUAUAGAAAAUUUGUGGGCAGAACUGAAAAAGCGUGUGUGAGCCAGGAGGCCUACAAGCCUGACUCAGUUACUCCAGCUCUGUCAGGAGGAAUGGUCCAAAAUUCACCCAACUUAUUGUGGGAAGCUUGCGGAAGGCUACCCGAAAUGUUUGACCCAAGUUAAACUAUUUAAAGGCAAUGCUUCCAAAUACUUAUUGAGUGUAUGUAAACUUCUGACCCACUGGGAAUGUGAUGAAAGAAAUAAAAGCUGAAAUAAAUCAUUCUCUCUACUAUUAUUCUGACAUUUCACAUUCUUAAAAUAAAGUGGUGAUCCUAACUGACUUAAGACAGGACAUUUUUACUAGGAUUAAAUGUCAGGAAUUGUGAAAAAUGAGUUUAAAUGUAUUUGGCUAAGGUGUAUGUAAACUUCUGACUUCAACUGUAGCUGCUUCGAAAAAUAAAUGCCAUGAUUGCAAUGAGUCACUUCAAGACUCUUCAAUACUAUGAAUCAGAGAUUGUGCUGAGUUUGAUUUUGGUUGAGUGGCAACCAUACCUCAUCUUUUCCCAAUGCCCCCCAUCCUCUCUCUCAUGUUUUAUGCUUCACCAAAUGGUUAGAGAAUUGUUAGAGACUAUGUUCAUAAUUCAUUGCCAGACUGUUUGAAUGGUAAGGCAUGCAGAAUAUCGUAUGCAGGGGAUUCAAGAGCUUGAGGCUGUCCUAAUAUGGACACCGUAGUACACACAUGGGCUUAAGCUCAGUCUAUGUAUAUAAAUGUGGAUUGGCUUGGAGAGGGGCUACGGUAGUUUUGUUGCUGGGUCAGAUUCUUGGUUUUUCCUCCAUGUUUUAAUGAAUUCCCCCAGGUACAAUUUCUUACUUAAAUACAGUAUCAGGUCCUUCUAUACUGUACAUGGUACACCUCUCACAUUAAUUAAAUAGAUUCAACAAAGUAAUAUGUCAUAUAGAUUGGUUCAGAGAUUUUGUAAAGGGGCCGUUACAAGAGAGUUUUUUUUUACCAUACAUCAAAACUUUGUGCAUCCCAAUGGGCAAUUCUGAUUGACUCUUUAUCCACUCUCUUUUACCUUCGCUCCCUCUUCCAUACUCUCUCCCGCUUUCUUUACCUCUCUCUUUACAAUUACUUCCUCCUAAAGGUUUCCGCAUGUUUCGGUUUGGCUGGCACCUAGUGUUCGCAUACCUUUGACCUUCGCUUGAAAAUACAUUCGCUUGAAAAACGAGAAGAAAGCAGCAAUAGUACUGUUUGUCCAUCUUGAGACACAGUAUUCAGUUUACACUUCAUCAAACAGUUAGAAUUAAUGAAAGAUAACUCAAGAAAUCUGUCAUUAAUUUUGACGUUUUUGCUAAAGAGAUCUCAGUCACGCAAUUAUACAUCUAACUAUGAUGUUUGGUGCAGUAUUUCUCAACGGAAAACGUGUCCCACGUUCUCUAUUGAAAACUGAAAACAGAAAACGUGUCAGCUAUCGUUUAAUGAAAACAAAUACAUAAUUGAAGAAUCUCUACUGUUGACCAAUCACCGCGAAGGGGCGUAGACUUCAGCUUCCGAAAUUCGGCUUACAUCUAGAAAAUAAAUGGUGUGCACGAACAGCCGGAAAAUCCUUGCUGAAGGCCAAAACGAACAAAAACGUCACAUAAUGUCAUCAUAAUAUAUGCACAAAUUGUUUCGAAUGGGAAGCAUGCGGACGCCUGCACUCACUCUCUGUCCCUUUCUCAUCCCCCUCUCUGUACCUCUCUGUCCUAAUUAUUCACUCUCUCUGUCCCUUACCCUCCCCCUCCAUCGCUCUCUCUUUACAUCUCUCUCCCUCUUCAUUUACCUCUCCCUUCCUUGCUCUCUCUGUCUCAUUCUCUUUCUACCUUUCUGUCCCUCUUCCUCUCUCUCUCUACCCCAUUUAGCCACUUUUCCUUUCUUCACCUAUCUUUUAACCUCUCUCUCCCUCUCUCCAACAGGAUGGGUGGUGGACGGAGCGGUACCUUCUGUGCCAUCUGCAGCAUCAGUGAGAUGAUCCAGCAGCAGAACAUUGUAGAUGUGUUCCACACCGUCAAGACCCUGAGGAACAACAAAUCCAAUAUGGUGGAGACUAUGGUACGUUCCACUGACCACAACAGGUGAUGUUGUACCUACAAGCAACGUAGGACACACACCCAGGACACACAGUUCUGGCCGUAUUGGACAGGUUUGAGACCAUACACAGACGGGUAGACACAGAGACACACACACGCAUGUACGCACUCAUAUUCUCAGGCUGAUGACUUAUAUUGCCGGUGUUGUUUAGCAGAUGUCUCUACACCUUCACAUAUAGCCUCAGAAACCAGAUGCUCAAUUUGACAGAACCAUCUCAGGAUGGGCACAGCUGUUCACUUAGAAUUAAAGCAGAUUUUGGGGCAAAAGACAACUACUGUAAUAAAAAAGUUAUUGGUGACUUUGAAGAUACUGUCAUAAUACUGCUUGGAAAUUUUAUGAAAUUUAGAUGAAAGAUGAUUUGAUUAUCUUUGUUGUUUAUCUACUGUUAUACCACAGCAUUGUUUAAUACGCAUUUUGGAUUGGCUAGAAGGGCAUUAUAGAAUGGACAUUAAAACCAGAUAACGGGACAGUUGGAAAAGAUAUCGGGACACCUUGCAAUCAUGACGCAAUAUGCCCCUAUACAUGCAGACCGUACUUGCUACAAAGUUACAGAAAGCUAAACCAACAACUACACAAACUGACAUUGGAUACAUUGUAAACGCAGGUCUUACGAGGAAAAAUUUUAGCUAGCUAGCUAGCAUUUGCAGAGACAUAUAUUUUUUGAGCAUUUGAUGACCUAACGUGGUGAGUGAUGAACAUGAAUUUCUCCUAUCCCCUCCGCCGCUACAGCUGUCAAAUCCUCCCACAUGUUUCUAGUUUGAUCUGAGUUCAUCUUCAUGUGUUAGCGAAGUAAGCUUGUCUGUUUGUCUAAAGCCAGUAAUGGAGGUAUCACACUGUGAGGGGUCGCCGUUUUAAAAAUACAUUAAACUGCUAAUCUGACCUACUGGGGUCAUUAAAGUAAACAUUUAGCACUUAUUGAAACUCAUGUUCACAUGUUUCAGCAACUGAUUUUUUUUUACCUCUACGCGAUCGGUGUCCCGUAUACGGGACGGUUGAGCUAACGUGCGCUAAUGUGAUUAGCAUGACUGUUGUAAGUAAGUAACAGCAAACUUUCCAGGACAUAGACAUGUCUUAUAUGGGCAGAAAGCUAAAAUUAUUGUUAAUCUAACUGCACUGUCCAAUUUACAGUAGCUAUUGCAGUGAAAAAAAUACCAUGCUAUUGUUUGUGGAGAGUGCACAACAACAAAACACUUAGCACGGCAACUGGUUUGAUACAUUCACCUGUGAAGGUAAAUAAUGUACUUAUAUUCAGUAAUCUUGCUCUGAUUUGUCAUCCUGAGGGUCCCAGAGAUAAAAUGUAGCAUAGUUUUGUUUAAUAAAAUCAAUUUUAUAUUCAAAUGUAGGAACUGGGUUCUACAGUUUGAACCCCUGCUGUCUCUGUUUCCACACCCAUCCCGCCCAGCCAUCUAGAUGUGUGAAAGUUAGUGUAUAAGCUAAUGAUCCAUCAUGUAUGACAUUCCUGGGAGUGCGUAAACUUACAUUUUGUAUUACCAUAUCAUUUUUGUAUGUUCUCUAUAGUUAUGUACUUGACAAUGUAUCAAUUGACCAAUUUGGCACAUUUGGGCAGACUUUAUACAAAAUAGUCCAGUAUAGUAAUGCUUCACUGGAUCAAUCUGAAACGUUACACACACACACUGCUGCCAUCUAGUGGCCAACAUCUAAAUUGCGCCGAAACUGCAAUAUUAUAUUGUGGCCUUUCUCUUGCAUUUCAAAGAUGAUUUUUUUUUGUUCGUAUUAUCUUUUACCAGAUAUAAUGUGUUAUAUUCUCCUACAUUAAUUUCACAUUUCUGCAAACUGCAAAGUGUUUCCUUUCAAAUAGUAUCAAGAAUAUGCAUAUCCUUGCUUCAGGUCCUGAGCUACAGGCAGUUAGAUUUGGGUAUGUCAUUUUAGGCGGAAAUUGGAAAAAAGGGUCUGAUCCUUAAGAGGUUAAUUCGGUUGUCAUAUUAGCAGGUUUGCAAGCAACAAAUUAUUAUUUUUCUAGCCUAGUGUUUGAUAUGCAAUGAGAUUUCCUCGUAAUUAACAGUCAGUGUUGACAAGUGUCCUGAUGAGAAGGCAAACUUUUCUAGCUAUGCCAGGCAAAAUUAGGCAUUAUCAGCUCAUUGGUAUGGAUGUAUCCAAAUGAAUGUCAAUAGAAAACAGCUACAAACAGUGAUUGUGUUAGCCUUAGCUAGCUGGCUAGCUAGCAAGCAAGGGAUAAGAACGUUGCCGGAACAUAAAGAACGAAAGACUGGGUCACCUCCAUAAAUAUCAAACUAAUUGAACGAAUGACUGAGUCACGUCUCGAGCAACCAAAAAAUUAGAAAGAAUGAAUUUCCUUAUAUAUAUUAAAGUACUAGAAUAAUAUACAGUACCAGUCAAAAGUUUGGACACACCUACUCAUUCAAGUGUUUUUAUUUAUUUGUACUAUUAUCUACAUUGUAGAAUAAUAAUAGUGAAGACAUCAAAACUAUGAAAUAACACAUAUUGAAUCAUGUAGUAACCAAAAAAGUUUUAAACAAAUCAAAAUGUAUUUUAUAUUUGAGAUUCUUCAAAUAACCCCCCCCCCCCCCCCCCCCUUUUAUCUUGAUGACAGCUUUGCACAUUCUCUCAACCAGCUUCACCUGGAAUGCUUUUACAACAGUCUUGAAGGAGUUCCCACAUGUGCUGAGCACUUGUUGGCUGUUUUUCUGUCACUCUGCCGUCCGACUCAUCCCAAACCAUCUCAAUUGGGAUGUGGUCGGGGGACUGUGGAGGCCAGGUCAUCUGUUGCAGCACUCCAUCACUCUCCUUCUUUGUAAAAUAGCCAUUACACAGCCUGGAGGUGUGUUGGGUCAUUGUCCUGUUGAAAACAAAUUAUAGUCCCACUAAGCCCAAACCAGAUGGGAUGGCGUAUCGCUGCUCAAUGCUGUGGUAGCCAUGCUGGUUAAGUGUGCCUUGAAUUCUAAAUAAAUCACAGACAGUGUCACCAUAAAAUCACCCCCGCACUAUAACACCUCCUCAUCCAUGCUUUAUGGUGGGAACUACACAUGCAGAGAUUUUUCUUAGUCAACCUUGUGUUCUUGUACGUAGCCCUGUUUCUUUGUGUUCUUGAACGUAGCCCUGUCUUUCAUUUUUGUUCAUUGAUUUCACCUGUGUUAGUUACUCACCUGGUCUCAUUAGUUCCUUAUUUUGUUCAGUUCAUUCUGUUUGUUUUGACUCUACGAAGCCAUUUUCUAGCUCGUUUGUGAGAACCAGUUAUAGCCUUCAGUCCUAGUUUUUGAUUCUCCGGCCUGUUUGCCUGCCUGUGACCACGAUUCCUGCCUUUUGCGAAGGCAAAAUAAAUACCUGCCACGCUCUGUGUGUGAAUCUACACCUUUUACUCCCUGAGUAUUGAUUACAGAGAUCAUCCAUUCACCCACACCGCGUCUCACAAAGACACGGCAGUUGGAACCAAAAAUCUCCAAAUUGGACUCCAGACCAAAGGACACAUUUCCACAGGUCUAAUGUCCAUUGCUCGUGUUUCUUGGCCCAAGCAGGUCUCUUCUUCUUAUUGGUGUCCUUUAGUAGUGCUUUCUUUGCAGCAAUUAGACCAUGAAGGCCUGAUUCACACAGUCCCCUCUGAACAGUUGAUGUUGAGAUGUGUCUGUGACUUGAACUUAUUUGGGCUGCAAUUUCUCAGGCUGGUAAACUUAUCCUCUAGAGCAGAGGUGAAUCUGGGACUUCCAUUCCUGUGGUGGUCCUCAUGAGAGCCCGUUUCAUCAUAGCGCUUGAUGGUUUUUGCUACUGCACCUGAAGAAACUUUCAAAGUUCUUGAAAUUUACAGUUGAAGUCGGAACUUUACAUACACUUAGGUUGGAGUCAUUAAAACUCAUUUUUCAAUUUCUUGUUAACAAACUAUAGUUUUGGCAAGUCGGUUAGGACAUCUACUUUGUUUAUUUCACUUAUAGUUCAAUGUAUCACAAUUCCAGUGGGUCAGAAGUUUACAUAUACUAAGAUGACUGUGCCUAUAAACAGCUUGGAAAAUUCCAGAAAAUGAUGUUAUGGCUUUAGAAGCUUCUGAAAGGCAAAUUGACAUAAUUUGAGUCAAUUGGAGGUGUACCUGCCUCGUUGUUGACAUCAUGGGAAAAUGAAAAGAAAUCAGCAAAGCCCUCCGAAAAAAAAAAUGUAGACCUCCACAACUCUGGUUCAUCCUUGGGAGCAAUUUCCAAAUGCCUGAAGGUACCACGUUCAUCUGUACAAACAAUAGUAUGCAAGUAUUAACACCAUGGGACCACGCAGCCGUCAUACCGCUCAGGAAGGAGACGCGUUCUGUCUUCUAGACCUUGUGAAGAUGCUGGAGGAAACAGGUACAAAAUUAUCUAUAUCCACAGCCGGCCGCGAACGGGAGACCCAUGGGGCGGCGCACAAUUGGCCCAGCGUCGUCCAGGGUAGGGGAGGGAAUGGCCGGCAGGGAUGUAGCUCAAUUGGUAGAGCAUGGCGUUUGCAAUGCCAGGGUUGUGGGUUCGAUUCCCAUGGGGGGCCAGUAUGAAAAAAUAAUAAUGUAUGCACUCACUAACUGUAAGUCGCUCUGGAUAAGAGCGUCUGCUAAAUGACUAAAAAAUAUAUAUAUAAAAUAAAUUUUAAAAAAAUAAAAAAUGUGGAUAUAUUGAAGCAACAUCUCAAGACAUCAGUCAGGAAGUUAAAGCUUGGUCGCAAAUGGGUUUUCUAAAUGGACAAUGACCCCAAACCUACUUCCAAAGUUGUGGCAAAAUGGCUUAAGGACAACAAAGUCAAGGUAUUGGAGUGGCCAUCACAAAGCCCUGACCUCAAUCCUAUAGAACAUUUGUGGGCCGAACUGAAAAGCGUGUGCGAGCAAGGAGGCCUACAAACCUGAGUCAGUUACACCAGCUCUGUCAGGAGGAAUGGGCCAAAAUUCACCCAACUUAUUGUGGGAAGCUUGUGAAGGCUACCCGAAACGUUUGACCCAAGUUAAACAAUUUAAAGGCAAUGCUUCCAAAUACUAAUUGAGUGUAUGUAAACUUCUGUCCCACUGGGAAUGUGAUGAAAUAAAUAAAAGCUGAAAUAAAUCAUUCUCUCUACUAUUAUUCUGACAUUUCACAUUCUUAAAAUAAAGUGGUAAAUGUAUUAGGCGAAGGUGUAUGUAAACUUCCGACUUCAACUAUAUUGACUGACCUUCAUGUCUUAAAGUAAUGAUGGACUGUCAUUUCUGUUUCCUUAUUUGACCUGUUCUUGCCAUAAUAUGGACUUGGUAUUUUACCAAAUAGCCCUAUCUUCUGUAUACCCCACUACCUCGUCACAACACAACUGAUUGGCUCAAACACAUUAAGAAGGAAAGAAAUUCCACCAAUUAACUAUUAAGAAUUCACACCUGUUAAUUGAAAUGUAUUCCAGGUGACUACCUCAUGAAGCUGGUUGAGAGGAUGCCAAGUGUGUGUAAAGCUGUCAUCAAUGCAAAGGGUGGCUAUUUGAAGAAUCUCAAAUAUAACAUAUGUUUUGAUUUGUUUAACACUUUUUUGGUUACUACAUGAUUCCAUAUGUUUUAUUUCAUAGUUUUGAUGUCUUCACUAUUAUUCUACAAUGUAAAAAAUAGUCAAAUUAAAGAAAAACCCUUGAAUGAGGAGGUGUGUCCAAACUUUUGACUGGUAGGGUAUCCGGAAAGUAUUCACACCUAUUGAUUUAUUUCCACAUUUUGUUACGUUACAGCCUUAUUCUAAAAUCGAAUAAAUUGUUUUUUCCUCAUCAAUCUGCACACACUACCCCAGAAUGAUGAACCGAAAACAGGUUUUUAUAAUUUUUUGCAAAUUUAUUUAAAGAAAAAUAAACUGAAAUAUGACAUUUACAUAAGUAUUCAGACCUUUUACUCAGUACUUUGUUGAAGCACCUUUGGAAGCGAUUACAGCCUCAAGUCUUCUUGGGUAUGACGCUAUAAGCUUGGCAUACCUGUAUUUGGGGAGUUUCUCCCAUUCUUCUUUGCAGAUCCUCUCAAGCUCUGUCAGGUUGGAUGGGGAGCAUCGCUGCACAACUAUUUUCGGUCACCUCGCUGACCAAGGCCCUUCUCCCCCGAUUGCUCAGUUUGGCAGCUCUAGGAAGAGUCUUGGUGGAUCCAAACUUCUUCCAUUUAAGAAUGAUGGAGGCCACUAUGUUCUUGGGGACCUUCAAUGCUGCAGAAAUGUUCUGGUACCCUUCCCCAGAUCUGUGCCUCGACACAAUCCUGUCUCGGAGCUCUACGGACAAUUCCUUCGACUUCAUGGCUUGGUUUUUGCUCUGACAUGCAUUGUCAACUGUGGGACCUUAUAUAGACAGGUGUGUGCCUUUCCAAAUCAUGUACAAUCAAUUGAAUUUACCACAGGUGGACUCCAAUCAAGUUGUAUAAACAUCUCAAGGAUGAACAAUGGCAACAGGAUGCACCUGAGCUCAAUUUUGAAUCUCAUAGCAAAGGAUCUGAAUACUUAUAAAAAUAUGGUAUUUCUGUUAUUUGUAAUAUAUUUUGAAACAUUUCUAUAAACGUGUUUUCGUUUUGUGACGAUGGGGUAUUGUGUGUAGAUUGAUGAGUACCUUUUUUUAUUUAAUUAAUUUUAGAAUAAGGCUGUAACGUAACAAAAUGUGGAAAAAGGGAAGGGGUCUGAAUACUUUCCGAAUGCACUGUAUAUAUUUCUACCGGUAAAUGUGUGCUUAGUAUUGUUUACUUUGGCAACUGUGGUAUAAGCGGGAUGAACAGCUUAAACAAAUGCAAUGGAAUAAAUGUUGCUGUUAUUCUGCCUGCAGACUGUGUAGCCAUAGCUAUUUGGCUAGCUAGCAGCAAGCAAGGGAUAAGAACAUUGCCACUGAGCAUGGCAACGGAACAUAAACAACUAACGACUGGUUUGCGUCCAUAAAUAUCAAACUAAUAUCUGCUUGUGUUUCCUUUUUAUUAUUUUUUUGUUUUAUGCCAGGCACCUGUGAGUUAAAAUGACUGACUAAUGCUCUGUCUUUAUUUCUCUUUUCUAGGAACAGUACAAGUUCUGCUAUGAAGUUGCUCUGGAAGCCCUUAGCUCAUUC